CCUGCACACAGUCCCUCCCCUGCCUGAGAGCAUCUCCCUCCAGCUGACUCAGUGAGAGGGGGGAGCAGUGCACAGGCAGACCUACUCACUAGCAAACACUCACACUCUGGGAUUUAUGAACACACUUCCUAGAGCAGCACUGACACCGGGAUAUAUUUAUUUUGUGCAGCAAGAAACUAGACUUUGCAUUUAGUUGCACUGCAGUGCUCUGCUUGCACUGCACAGGUAAGGCACUCUCUUGGACAUUUGAAAGAUUCCACAGGAGAACUGUAUCAGUUUUGUUGCAAAUUGAGCAGAACUGACAUCACUGAGGAUUUGGUUCCUGGAAAUGCUCUGAGGCUGAAAAAGAAGCAACUGAGCUGACUGCAAAGCUGUGCACUAUCACACCUGAGCAAGCAGCAAUGCACUGUAUCUUCCACUGAAUAGGCAGAAGUGCACAGUAUCUUCCACUGACAGUGCAUUGGCACCUAAGUAGGCAGCAGUGCACUGUUCCACUGACAGUCCACCAUCACCACUGAAUAGGGAGCAGUGCACUGUAUCUUCCACUGACAGUCUACCAUCACCACUGAAUAGGGAGCAGUGCACUGUAUCUUCCACUGACUGUGCACUAUCACACCUGAGUAGGCAGCAGUGCACUGCCAGUUACACUCUUGUUCGGUACUCCUGCUUGAAGUGAGGACUUGUGAAAUUCCAUUUAUUAAUUGCAGUAGUGCAAGUACACAUUUUACCUGGAUCACUAGGAACUUAUCUAAAUUGCUUGAUUGGUUUCAGUAGUCCCAUUCAUUAGGAAGCAAGGUGUGCUUGUGCAUAAUGCUCUUUCAUUCUAGUGCUGAAGCUUUCUCGAGAAACUGCUAGAAAAAAAAACAACCCCCCCCCCCCCAGCUUUCGUCUCCUGGUGAUCUCUCGUGCAGCACCGCUUUAUUGUCUGCGCAGUGCUCGGUGUGCGGCAUGGAUCCUGGCGGGGAGGUAUCAGUUUAUCCUGUGGCGCCUUUGUGCCGUGCCGGAGCAGGAAAGGACGAGGAUUGCACAAUGCGCAGUGCAGUGCAAGAGCUCCAUUCGGAAAUGGACAGUUUCAGACGUGGGGUGGAGCGGCAACUGGAGGACGUGCUGAGACUGGCCGGGCCGCUCUCCCGCUCUGUCUCCGACCUGCAGUGCGAAAACCGCCAGCUGCGGGAGCAGGUGGAAAGGCUAAGCCGCCAGGUGGAGCUGUUGAGCAGGGCAGCUGGACUGAGCGGAGAUGCACAGACAAGGUACUCCAGUCAUGCCCUGCUGUCUGUAUCUGCGAAAUCCCAGGUGAGUGGGUACUGAAUGGGCAUACGGCUGAGCAUGGGACCAAGAUGAAUAUAGUUACAUAGUAAUCUAGGUUGAAAAAAGUCCAUCUUGUCCAACCUUUUAAUGUACAUUUUUUUAUGCUGUUGAUCCAAAAGAAUUGUGUAAUUUUGUGUUUCUGCAAUCGUAUCCUACUUUUGUAAUUUUCUGUAGUUAAGCUGAAAUUCCAGUUUGGUUUUUUUAUUGCGCAUACCAUCCAGUUAAAAGUUCCUAGAUCCACUGCGUUUUCAUGAGCACAUAUCUGUUUUACUUUCUCACAGGUAUUGCUGUCCUGUAGUAUGUAAAAAUCAUAUUCUGCAGAAAAUACAUCCAUCAAGGAAGAAUCCAAGAGAAAAUGUUUUGAUUACUGGAUUUAUAUUCUGCAGAUUAUUUUUCUAAAAUAUCACCACUAAAGGGGCUAUGAACUGGGUGGUUAGGACAUAUAAAUAAUAUUAAUGACCGCUUCAAGUAAAUCUCCCAAGUAUAAUAAACGCUAUAUUGUGCUGUAGUGGUUAUGGUGCCAGGAGUGCCCAGCACAUCCCUAUUGUAAGUAGUCAAAUUGUUUUAGAAUAGUUUGACUUCUUAUGCAGGGGCUUCUCAUUCCUGCCACUUUGGAGUCUUCCCAUGGGGGUUUAUCAGAUAUUAGUUCAAACCUUCCAUUCAUCAGAUAUGAAGAAUAAGUUGAUAACAGCAACUGUCAGACUGUACAUAACCUCAUUUAUAGUUAUUACUGCAUUAUAAGCAACUAUGUGCAAGAAGACAGCAACAGGGGGCCUCCUUGCUCUAUAUCCUAUGCAAACUGCAUAGAUUUUUAUAGUGCGGAGAAUGUCAAAUUUAAAGGGACAGCAUAAUGCCUUUUUUUUUUUUCCCCCCAGGAAAGUUUAUUGGUAAUAUAAAUUCAUAAUAAUUGUAAUAUACCUGCAUAGAUACAAUUUAUGACUGUCUCUAAAAUGAAAAAGUCACUAUAAUUAAAGUGGAUAAGUAAUUUUGUUAAUGUAAUAAAUUCUGCAAUAUCUAAUGCCGAAAUAAUGGGCAAGGUGUAAUUUUUUAUUUUGACUUCCGUUUAGGAAUGUAGAGCAAAAAUACUGUUAAUGGCAGUAAAAAAUCGCAAGACAUAAAACUUCAAACAGUACUAUUAUGUGAAGGUUGCUCUUGAGCCUGUUUGAGGUGUACACCUGUUCAUCAGUGCUCACUGCUGUGCUUAUAAUACGCAGGGAUGGUGCUGUGUGCAUUGUUAGUUAAAUAACUGUAUUUUAUCCCUUUGUCACAUAAUUUAGGGUUUUAGCCUUAAUUAUUGCAUAAUGUAUAUUCUAUACACUUUCUAGCACAUUAACCCCUUAAGGACACAUGAUAUGUGUGACAUGUCAUGAUUCCCUUUUAUUCCAGAAGUUUGGUCCUUAAGGGGUUAAAGGACCACUAUAGUGCCAGGAAAACAAACUCAUGGAGAGGAAGGGGUUAAACACUUACCUUUCUCCAGCGCUGGGCUCCCUUGGUUCUGGAGACUCUCCUCCUCCUUUCCCCGUCAUCGGCGCGCGCAUUCAGUCAGUCCAUAGGAAAGCAUUCUCAAUGCUUACCUAUGGAUGCUGGCGUCUUCUCACUGUGAGAAUCGCCUCUAGCGGCUGUCAAUGAGACAGCUACUAGAGGCUGGAUUAACCCUAAGUAAACAUAGCAGUUUCUCAGAAACCGCUAUGUUUACAGCAGAAAGGGUUAAUCCUAGACGGACUUGGCACCCAGACCACUUCAUUAAGCUGAAGUGGUCUGGGUGCCUAUAGUGGUCCUUUAACUAAAAAAUGUGUAGAUUUAAUUUUGUCUAUAGAAUGUGUGCAUCUUUGUAGCGCACAUGAAAUUGAUACAAGAAGUGUUCUCGUUAUUAGAAAAUAACUUGACAUCAGUUUAUUGACUGAUAUUUAGUCUUUUCUGUGUGCUAUCAAAUGUAGAAUUUUAACAAUUUUAUAUUAACAUUAUUUCUCUUUUAUACUACCAUAACUAUGUUGAUGAUGAUUUUCUGUUCUGAACGCCCCUUUCUCAGUGAUCUGUUUAAAAGUUUCAAUAUCUCCAUAUAGCUGUAUGUAACGCAUGCUAAUAUUUUUAGAGUGAUCUCAGCUGAAGGAGCUGAGAAAAUCUCACACCACUUUCUGCUGGGAAUUCCAUUUGGUGAAUCCGAAACUGAUGCUUCCCAGGUGCAAACCUGGGAAAUAGAAUUCUAAAUGACUUGUUGAGUUCAGGGGCCUGUGUAACAUUACUGAGUCAGUGUCAUCUCUGCUUUACAUCGCUUCCUAUGCAGACAACACUGUACUACAGAGAACUGCAUAAACAUUCACACCACUUAAACAGGCUGCUGGGAAGGACACAUCCCAUAAUGGACGUGUAAGCACUCUUGGCCACUAGAACAUUGACUCUUAAAUGGAUGUGUGUGUAAAACUUCCUACUUUACUACUUUACAUUAAGUGUGUGUGUGUGUGUAUGUGUAUAUAUAUAUAUAUAUAUAUAUAUAUAUAUUUUUUUUUUUUUUUUUACAUUUUGUGUAUGUAUAUACAUCUACAAAAAAAAAAGUUUUUACUUUUUAAGUGUAAAGUUCACUGCUCCGUGCAGCUGCAAGUAGACUCUUCUCACACCUGUAGCCCAUGGAGCAAUGCAGUAAGGAGAAUGGGCCUUGACCGGGCCAGAGAGUAGGCAUGUAUGGAUUUUAAUAAUUGGGGGCAGGACUUUGUCAGGUGGUUUUGGAGGAGGGGCCGAGGGGGUUAUAGCGCGGCCAUCUUAGAGAGUGGCCAUUUUAAUUUUCAACUUGCACUAGCCUGUUACUUGUCCCACCCACCCACCCUCCCUGUAGUUAUUAGUGUUCCCCGUUUGGUCCCACCGCGGUGGGGGAGGGCUAGAAAAAUGGGAAGUAGGUGGAGUAGGAAGUGGUCAUGGAAAAGGUCUCAGUUGGAGUAGGCAGGACUGGUUCAAUUGGUUGGUAGGUUCGAGCCAGUCGGUGGCUCCGAACCUUGGGGUGUAGGGGUGCCUCGGUACACCCCUACAAGUUAACAGUUGGUGGGGCCUCUUUGGUAUGCCGUGAGUUUGUUAUAUGUUAUGUAUACUGUUAUAUUGGUAUGGGGUUAUUGCCGUGGGUAUUUAGGUAUGAAGUGAGAUUGGUUAAAAUAUCCUUAUUGUUGGCAAUGACCCUAAAAUUAUGUUUAUUUAUGAUAAUAUAAUAAAGCUGUGUACUUUAUAUUUCCAACAGAAAAAUUGGUGUCUGUGUUUAUUAAAGGUAAUGGGGAGGAUUUAUAGCACAUGCCGAAUAAUGACUGUGCACAUGUCAAGGAUAAAACUGACCGUGUCCACUCUUUAUACAUGGCCCAGUCCACUGUAUAAAAUGUGUUUUGCUCUCUGGAAAGCCACAGACUACGCAUGUGCAUGCUGUGCUCGGAUUUCUGAAAACCCACUGUGCCUAGCAGGUGUGCCAUCAGUCCAGUAUGCCCAGCAAAGGUACCGUAGCAACCAUAUCUCACAUAGCAACAGUGCUACUUUCAUGCAAUUUUGAUGUAAAAGACAUGGACAAGAACUUCCAUGGAAAUGUCAUGGAUUUUGUGUGAAAAAUGUUUGUCGUAGAAACUCUGAAUUGGAAUGCCCGUGAGGAUUUUACAAAUAACGCUAAAUGAAGGAAAAUAAAACCAUGCUAUAUAUUCUAUAUUCUAAAUGUUUGGCUGCUUGUUUUGUUCUAUCACAUACAAAGCUGUCCUAGCAAAGUAUGGCGUAUAAUUCUAAUAACUGGUAUCCUACGAUGCCGAUUACGGUUCUUGGAAAUACUGUAGAAAUUAUUUUGUUUAUAUACCUGAAAAAAAGCUGCGAAAAUAAUUUAUUGGGAUGCUUGAAAACUCAAUUAUCGGCAACUCCAAGGCAACACCCUGAGUAUAUGUUCAAACUUUACAGUUUGAUUCCUGGGUAACCAUUGUAUCCUUAUAACUUUGAUUAAAAAAUUUGUACCAUCAUUUUGGGUAAUAUUACCUGUAUUUUUUUUCUGUUUAAUGUCAUUAUUCUCCAAAGUCUUUCAUAGCCCCACCCCCUCCAUAUUGGGGUGUAUAAGCAAAAUUUAGAAAGGCUUACACCCAUAGCAGCACUGGGUACCAGCUACUCUAUUUAUUUAUUUAUUUAUUUAGGGUGCUUUGGGUUUCCUUUGAGGUGACUUAACUUAUCAGAGGGUGCGUUAUGGUGACAGAGUAAUGAAAACAAAUAUCCAAAUAGCCUUCAUGCCUUGUGUAGUCCUCCAACCUUUUGUAGACUGUACUGACCCUUUGCAGGAAGGCCACCCCUUUUUCCUUCCCUUGUAGUGCACAAAAAGGGAAAAUCAUCAAGGUCCGGAGAGGUUAGCAGAUGAGGUUAUAGGUACAGGCCUGAAAUCCCACCUAUCCAUCCCCUGUACUGGUGUCUGGAAGCUUAUAACCAAAUUAUUAUUAUUUAUAUAGCACCAGCAAAUUCCGUAGUGCUGUACAAUGGGUGGACUAAAAGAAAUGUAUUUGUAACCAGACAAGUGGACGCACAGGAACAGUGGGAUUGAGAGCCCUGCUCAAUGAGCUUACUUGCUAGGAGUGAGUUAUAGUGACACCAAGGGUAAAUAACUUUCACCAUAAUUAGUAAACAAAGAUAGAUCUCUGCCCUAAAUAAAAGAAAACCCUUUGACAUUCUAUUUAGAGGUGUUGUCCAUCUCUGGGGCAGAGUAUGAUGUUUGAGAGUGGUUAUUUGGGACAAUAUGUUAUUAAUGGUUUUAUUGAGAGAGUGCAUUGAAAAUUUGUAAAAGUGGCCUAGCUGUUUUUUGCAUGGUAUUCUGGGAGAUGUGUGGAAACAAUCUUUCAGACCCUGUGUUUGAGGCUUUUCUUGAUUUUUUUUUUUUUUUUAAGUUAAUUUUUCUUUUCAUUUUACCCUACAGAAUUAGAUACUGCUUCCAAAUUUGCUUACUCAAUGGCGAGAUUCUAUCACUGUUUAAUUUCACUUUAUAUUAAUUAUGUUUACAGAUAGAUGUUCUUUUUCUGUAUUGGAGCAGUGACUAUUAUCCCUGCAACUGAAACUGGACCUAAAUAGUGUUCCUGGAUGAUCUAAUUACAACAGGAUGUACGCACAGAUAAACAACUUAAAGUAGGGCUAGUGAGAGUUAAAAGAAAUAAUAGCUACAAUGUUUUAAUAUAGAUCAGUCUUCAAAGAACUCUGGAUCAUCAAUGGCAAUUUAAGUCAUCAAGAGGCCAUAUGCAGAACUCCCUCUUAUGUCUUUCACUGCUGGACAUUUGCUGUGGAAUUCCCUCCUUCCUCCCCCUUUAAUGACAUUGUUAAAAAUAGCUGACCACUUUAAGUAGCCCCCUUGCCCAGUCAUUGUGUCAGAUUGUCCUAGAGAGAGCCUAGGCAGGACCAUGUCUUCUCUGUUUCUGGUAAGCUUUGGUUCCUUCAUUGUUAUCAAGCAUUUAUUUUAAGGGUUCCAUUAUAUGUGUGUGUGUUUAUUGUUCAGCCUUUGAGUGAGGGUUAUGUAGGUACCAGGAGAGGUACUUAGCAGCAGGUAGUUAUUUGCCUUUUGUGUUUAUUUCCUAACCGGAGGCGAAUGUUGGUGGUUUAAAGUCAGCAGAUGCAAUGGGCAUUUUUACUGUGCUGUAUCAUGUAACAUGAAAAUGUUUAAUUCAAAGGCCAGCACGGACUAAUGCUUGGCAUGAAAACCUUUACAUGCAAAGCAUCUCAUGGCAUUGUGCAUUCCUAUAACAUUUAUAGGUUUCAGGCAUUGCGCAUUCCCUUGGUUUAAUUUUAGUUUUUUUCUAAGUUGAUUUUUAGUUGUACAAUUCUAAAGGCUAAUCCUUAAUUCUAAUGCCAUAAAGCAAUAUUGUAUAAUUGGAACACUGCUCUUAUUAUGUAUGGACUAGAAUGGAUCAAGGUCAACGUUGUAAAGUGCUGGUUUUAGACUUGGGAGCAGGGUGUUGUGUUUUGGUUUAAUUUUUGUUUUUUCAAAAAUUAAAAAAAAGUAAAGCGAUACUGCUACUGUUGGGGUUUUGGCUCAAACCUUUAGCUAACUAGAAGUUACCAACAGGUUAUGCUAAAUAUUUUAUUGUUGCUGUGAUUUUACUUUUUAUUUUUAUUUAUUUUUUUAUGAAAAAAAAAAAUCAGUUUCAAAAUGGCCAUCGACCUUUUGUGACCUGUGAUCCCUAUAUUACCUUUGGUACUUAUAUGGUUGAGAGUAUAUGGUUUUUAAUAAGUUGUAAUAUAGUAGGGAAAUAAAUGCAAAUUUAUUUCAUUGAAGGACACCAUUAAGGUCACUUAACGUUACACUGGUUUGUAGCAGCCACUUCCCUUGAACCGAUCUAGUUCACAAGACAGCAAGUUGCAUAUUUUUUGCAUACAUGGUUUUGUAUGUAGAGCACAGAUUGUGAAUUAAUGUAACCCAGGGGGUUUUGGGAAAAUACAAGAUUGUGCAAGAAAUUUUCUCCCAUGCAUGUGUGUUGCAUUUAUAAACAUAUGCACCCAGAGCAUCGUAGCACAAUGACAUUGCCCUGGCAACAGUGCUGCCCAGGUAAAUGCAGUUAUUGUCUCUGCUGCUGUUCUGUAUGAUUUAAUUGCAUUUCCAUGGGUAAGGGAAUGAAGAGCUGUAACUUUCGGAGGGGAGACAGUUACACUAUAAAGCUUGUAGUGCUUUUACGCUGUGUAGUACAAUUCAAUUUUUGUUUGUAUCCAAAGCAACAGAUAAAUUACAACAAUGUCAUUACAGUAUUUUGAAAAUCAAUUUUUUUUUUUCGUUCUUCUUUUCCAUCAAAUAAGUGUCUUGUAGGUCACAUGGCAGACAUCUUCGUUUCCAGACAUCUUCUUUUACAAAACCACUUGUGCUAGAAAUCUGUGUCAAGUUAUGUUGUGAAGUAUAUUCAGUUUGGUUUCAAUGACGAAGGAAGUAAUUUGGCCAUGGAUAUUUGUCAAAAUAUUAUUAUCAUUAUUAUUUAUUUUCAAAAAGGGGGGUGGGGAAAGGACACACUCUUCACCCAUAAAGAGCGUCAGCAAGCUGAAGUGCCUUGAGAGUCUGACGUGUCUAUUUAAUGGUGUCCUUCAAUUACGUAAAUUUACAUUUAUUUCACUCCUGAACUAUAUUACAACUUGUUAAACAUAUAUGUACUCCUCCACCUCUUUUAUUUGAUGGCCAUGUUUGAUCUGUUAAUUUUCAUGUAAAUUUUAGAUGUCUAUAGCGAGCUGUUAUACAUAAAACAUGGAGGCCAUAUAACAUAUUUUGUGGCUUACAUUUUGUUUUCCACAUUUAUUCAUAUAUUCUUGAAGAAACGUGUAUGGUGUACUUAUAGAUUUAUGGUCUAAGCUCAGGUGUGGACAUUUUUUGGUAAAGGGGUUUUGGACUUUAUCCGCCUCUCCCCCAAGCAUAAAUGAUUUCUUCUAUAUAACCAAAUACUCCUUUUACAUCAAGAAUACCAAACAAAGUGCCCAGAAGAACUUGAAAUACAGUAAGUUUCUCUCCCUCUCAUUCGCACAGUGCGUUUAAGAGCUUGGAGGCUUAUAUGUCUAUUGUGACUUGCUAAACAAAGCACGAUGAUAUGUUUGGAAAUCUAUAGCUGGUUUCAUAUCCCAUCUGGGCGACUACUCCCUUUACUGCUUUUGAUACAAUAUUGGAACUAUGUUGUUAAACUGCUUUCAUUGAAUACUGAAUGUGUUCCGCUAUUUAGUUCUUUUAUUUAGUCACUCCUCGUCUAACCUCUCGGUAACCCUUACACUUUGAUGUGUCCUAUUUAUUAUCAUACUUUAUUCAUAAAGAAGAACAUGUCUAGUUACAUUACACAAUGUGAGACGUACAUACUAUUCACGUUCCUGCCCAAAAUCCACACUGAACAUGUAGUAAGAAGCUAUGUAAAUAGUUUAAAUAGCCUUUGCUUCUCCAGUUUGACAGUUCAUGUGAGGGAUUUUUUUUUUUAUCCUUUUAUAUAACUUUUUUUGGAACUUUUGUAUCGCUUAAUAGUUAUAAAUGCUGUAGUGGAGUAAAAUGGGCAAUUACUCUGCAAUGGCCAGUGGCUUACAGCUGAUGGGACUUUAGACAUACACCAGUAAAACAUUACUAUGUAUGUUCCUCUUUAACUCUUACUAAUCUCCUCCCCCUUUUUUUUUAUUCUCCAGUUCUGGCUCUUUCAAAGAAUAAAAGGUUAAUUUUAAAAUGAUCUGCAAUUGUAGGUAUGUAAGGCUGAUAAACUCUUUGAGGAUGCUACACAGCACAUCUCUGAGAUUCCAGCAGUAAAUUAGUUUCCUAGUUGUAUUUAUAUGAUAAAGAUAUUAAAAAAAACAAAUGGGGAAUUCUAGAUAAAAAUUGUCUGUACUGAAAAGUGGUGCAAAACAUGGCAACAGGAUUGAGUCACCAACCGAAUGGUUCCAAUCGUUUGCAUGGUGACUGUCUCGCUUUUUUGUACUGUAGACUACUUCUCAGGAACACUUUUUAUGCAUAGCCCCAUCAUUUCCAUUUUAAAGGGUUACUCCAACCACCGUUACCGCUUUUGCUUUUAGAAGUAGUCAUGCUGGCAGGAAUCUGUAUGCAGCGUUUCUGUUUGAAAUAUUUGCACUUUUGUGUAGGUGGCUACUUACACCUCUGGGACACAUGACUUGGAAAGCUUGGAACUUUGUUCUGGACUACCUAAUGUUAAUUCUGUGCAAAAAAAGUCUGUUGGCAGUCUUUUUUUUGCUCAAUGUAUAUUUGCUUAGUACAACUAUAACCCUUAUUGUUAAACAUUGCUCUGUUCUGUUUAAACCUAAUAAGCAGUAGUUUUUCUGGUGACUAUAGUGUCCCUUUAAUAACAUUGUUGGUUAAGCUUCAUUGCUGUUAUGUCAGAAUUUAAGCAAGAAUUGUCGCUUCCAGUACAAAUUCCUUGACUCAAUUUCACAAGAAGAAAAUUUAUUUGUGCAGAAUUAACUAUACUAACUACAGAAAUCCAUAAAUAUUAUCCGUGAUUGGUAUCAACUAGUCAAGGAUAGGUUAAGGUGAAUGAAUGUACACGUCUUGAUUUUCAAUGGAUUUUGCAGCUGUUGCUUCGCUGCUUUCUCUUCGCGUGAUAUUUUUAAUUUUUAUUUAUAUUCUUGUCACCGCUCAACCUAAACCUGUGCGACUCCCUUGCCAGCUCUGGUAUAUGUGAGUAUUUUGUAAAGUGGUGUUUACAUUGUGAAACAGAUGUUAACUCCUAGCUGAGUACUGCAGUGCCUUGUACCAAAGUGUAAGACUAGACAGAAAGCAAACAGGCAGAUUGAUGAGAAUGUAUAAUUAAAAGCCAGUCUCAAGCAGCUGACUGCUGUUUUUCUUUGUGUAUGCGAUGUUUUGAGUUCCUUUUCCAGUUUUGGAGUAAUUUUAGAAGGUCCUAAUAAACCAGAAAGCAAAAGAACCCCAUGUAUUAUUAUUAUUAUUAUUAUUAUUAUUAUUAUUGCCAUUUGUAUAGCGCCAACAGAUUCCGUAGGACUUUACAAAAUGUAAAAUGUUGUAUAUUUAUGUGAUCGUUCUUUUUAUUUUUAUAUAUAUAUAUAUAUAUAUAUAUAUAUAUAUAUAUAUAUAUAUAUAUAUAUUAUUUAUUUUUACAAUGAUGUGUUGCAACAUUAAAGGGACACUCAACAGUCUAAAUACAAAAUAAAUAAAAAUCACAGUUUAGUAGAUAUACCCUAAAUUGAAACUUGCAUGUAUUUAAUUAUGCAAUUUUAAAAUUGUAGUUAUAUCAAAAAAACGCUUGCAAAACCUGUAAUUCUCUCUUGUCUACUGCCUGUGCAACCCUCCUUUUCUAACCCCACCUAGUCUUUCUGUGGCUGUCCAAUCACUGACUUCCCAAUGCAGCUCAAUGAGAAGUCUUUGCAAGGCAGGUGCUCUGGGCGAUUGCUGCCUCUUGAGUUGAGUGCAACCGAGUUAACCAAACCAGAAAGCCAGGGGGUAUAACCAGUAUAACUUAUAAAGGUGUCAAUUUCUACUGAAAUCUGCACUUUUUCCAAAAUGAAAAAAAUGGAACAUACUCUUUACACAUAAAGCUUUUCAGCAAGCUAACGUGCUUUAGGAGUCUGGAGUGCCCCUUUUAAGCCAUCUUUUACGGUAUAUUUAAAGGGACACUAUAGUCUCCUGAACAUAGCUUAAUGUAGUUGUCCUGGUGUCUACUGCCUGUCUCUGCAGGAUUUUUAAUGUAAACACUGCUUUAAAUUACUGCCCAUGAACACCUCUAUUGGCAGUCACUCACUCCGCACUCUGCAUUGUGUGCAGUACUGAUGUUCAGCAUCUCCAUGCUCUGCAUGGAAGCACUAAACUUUACUCUUAAAGAUGCAUUGAUUCAAUGGCUCUCAAUGAGGAGAUGCUGAUUGUUGUAGCUUGACAUUUUGCCUAUGUGAAGCAUUGUAUUGUCUGAAAUCAUACAUUUAUGAAAAAAGGUGUUUUUUCUUUUUCUUUCUUUUUUUUUUUUGCACCUUUUGAACCAGGGUUUCAAACCUUCAGUGUCAGGAAUACAUGUUUGUAUUCCUGACACUAUAGUGUUCUCUUUUAAAGAUCACAUGCACCUUUUAGUUGGGAGCUGCAUGGUCUGAGUAUGCGUUUGCCAUGUGUCAGAUUUGGAGGGAAAUGCAGGAGAGGAUUAAGCCACUAGCCAUUUGUGAAUGAAAAUUCAAAAAUAAGAUGACCUGACAAUAUUCAGUAGCUUCUUGCACUAUGACCCAUGCAAGGCACCUAAAUAGGCCUUUUUCCUCUUAAUUUUUACUAAUUGGUUUACAUAAGUGUUGAGUUGUAUAAUUUUUUGACCAUUUAAAAAAAAAAAAAGCAGAAAAACACUUAAAGGGAUACUCCAGGCACCCAGACCACUUAUACCCAUUGGAGUGGUCUGGGUGCCAACUCCCACUACUCUUAACCCUGCAACUGUAAUUAUUGCAGUUUUUUAUAAACUGCAAUAAUUACAUUGCAGGGUUAACUCCACCUCUAGUGGCUGUCUACAAGAGGGCACUUCCUGGUUUCUAGCACAAGAAACCUGUGCUAGAGCAUCGCUGAACGUCCUCAUGCUGUGUGAGGACCUCCAGCAUCGCUCAUUUCCCCAUAGGAAAGCAUUGAAAUGCAUUUUCAAUGCUUUCCUAUGGGGAGCACUAAUGCGCAUGCACGGCAUUGCCGCGCAUGCGCAUUAGGUCUCCCCGGCCGGUGGGCGGGAUCAGUCUCGCCCACUGGCCUACGCAAUCACUGGGAGGAGCAGCGGCGGAGGAAGAAGCAGCGAUGUGGGACAUCGUCGCUGACUCAGGUAAAAUACUGAAGGGGUUUUCACCCCUUCAGCAACCAGGGAUUGGGGGUGGGAGGGAGAGGGGACCUGCAGUGCCAGGAAAACGGAUUGUUUUCUUGGCACUGGAGUUUCCCUUUAAAACAGGCCUGGUUUGAGUGUCUCAACAAGUCAGCAUACAUUCCUUACACACCCACUGAAUUGAAAUAAGACCUCUUCAACUUUUGACUUUUCUUUUUCUUUUAUUUCUCAUUUUAAUAUGUUCGUAGCUAAAAUCUCUGCAUUCAAAUGUGUGGAAACAGUGUAACGCACUGACAAAGAAUUGAAACUCAGUUGAAUUGCGUAACUGAAAAAGGGGAAUAUGCAUUUCUUAAUGGCGUUUGUACCAAAAUAUAUACAAAAUUAACAUUAUAGUGUUGGGAAUACACACUAUGUGCCCUAGUCCCAAAUAAGAUUGAUCCCCUCUCAAGAGGAAUACAAUUUACUUUAUAAAAAAAUAAAUGGUUUUGCUUACCUAUUUUCCAGCGCCUAUUCUCCCUGUGCGCUGCUAUUCGUUCCGCCUACUGUCACCUCAUCAGUAAGGGAUCGCUUCCUCGACGAUUGUCUAAUCCAAUGCUCUUCAUGGAGGAGCAUUGGGGACACGGUGCAUAGUGAGCAACGCGCGGACAUCCAAUCAAAUGCUUCUCAUAGAAGACCAUGUUUUCCUAUGAGCUGUUUGAUGACGUUCAACAUCUCCAUGGAUGUUUGACAUCACAUGACCGAGUUUCACUCAAAGAACACAGGAAGUGCUUUUACUGCACAGAGUGCCUCUAGUGGUUGCCAUUAGAAGGGUAUUAACCCUGCUAUGGCACCAUUUUAACUUGCUUCAUGGUGGCUUGUUGUCCCCAGAUGUUGGUAUUUGUAAUUCUUGAUGUAACCUAGAACAUGGAAAAAAUAUCAUAAGACCCAAAGGAAGAUGGUGACGACGUUGGUUGUAUCCUAUAUGAUCAAUAACGUAUAUUAUAUCUAAAUAUAUAUAUUUAAAAACACACACACACACUUUCCAUUUUAAGCCCCCCAACCUUUGGGAGAGCUGAGUGGACUUUCCCUGGGGUCUGGUGGGGCUGCUCUUCCUGCGUGAUAGAGAUAUAUGUUUUUCCCUGUCUGUCUGUCCUAUAGGAAAGCAUUGGGAGGAUAUUGCGCAUGUUCUCUAUGGGUAACAUUCAGCACCACCAUGCAGAGCGUGGAUACGCUGAACCAAGGUCCAACAAAGGACUCUCUAGUAGCGUCUGAGUGACUGCGGCCUAGUAACACCUCUAGUGACAAUGUAAACACUGCCUUUUCUCUGAAAAGGCAGUAUUUACAUUGAAAAGGCUACAGGGACAGGCUACAGGCACCAGAACAACUACAUUAAACUGUAGUGGUUCUGGUGACUAUAGUUUCCCUUUAAGAAUUGUAUAUUUCUCGUAAAUUAAACUUCGCUAGUUUUGAAAAAACUAGCUCCUAACUUUUUUAGCUGGCUCCUAGAUUCCAAACAAAUUUGUCAAGCCCUGCUCUAGAGAAAGGUUUGUAUAUAGUCAUUGGAAUUUAGUCUGCCAAAGCUAUCUUCAUGAACAGUUCCUUUACAACCCAGACUAAAAGGUGCAAUAAAUAUCAAAGAUAAGAACUAAAUAUUUUUGGUGGAAUAGGCAAUUGUAACUAUCCCUUUUUCAUCAUUUGUGAGAUAUACUGUCUGGUUCUGGAGAAAAUAAUUUUUUUUAAUGAAAGCUCCAUCCUGUAACAAGUCUUUUCGCCAGACAUCUGUUGGCCGGAGGCAUUGUGAUUGGUUCCUGAUGACAUCACUUUGCCACAGCUGGCUGUCUGUAGUCCCCUUGGGACCAGGCCCACAGCUGUAACAUCUUUUGGCAUGUAGGCUAUGUUUUCUUUCAAUCUGCUCAUGUAAUUAAUGGCUAAUGCUUUCUUAAGAGACAGAGUGAGCUUUUAAUCCUCACUUUCAUAGUUCACGAGGAUUAGAGACUACCUUUUAGAAUUAAGAAAGAGGGGUAGUAAAUAAACUCUCAUAGAUGGCUGUAGAUUUAAAAAACAAACAAACAAAAAAAACUACAUUUAUGUUACAUCUCUACAAAGAAUACAAAAAAUGGCUGUUUUUUUAGAGUUUCUACUUACAUUGCCUCCCUAAGUAAACUUGUACUAGUGUGUGUAUGGACUAUAUAGUUAUUAAUAAAAACUGGAAUCGGGAAUCCACCAAUGCUCAUCCAAAAUACAAAAUGACUUCCUGUAUUGUAGACUUAAACAUUGUGGUGGGGUUUGCCAUGCGCCAUAGACCGCUGUAUCUCACUAAUGAUUAUUUGAAGUCUACAAUAAAGGAGUUAAGUUUGAAUGAGCAGUGGUAGAGUCGUGAUUCCAGUUGCCGUAUCUUUUAAUUGCUGUUUCCUUGAAGAUAAACCAUCUUUCUGACUACCAGGAGGUGAGGGCUUAGAACCAUUAUAUAAAAAAUGCUAUGCUGCGGACUACUUUUGAUACAAUUGACUCUACAUCUGCUUCAAGUUAAGGUAGUCACUCAAAUACGUAUUUUCAUUAGUUAGUCCAUGUAUUUGUCUCAUGCUGUUUGUGAUGGGCAGAGAAUUAUGGGUAGUGUAGGUAAAAAAACUAAAAAAAAAUCUGAGUAUGCAGUUCGAGACGGACUUGACCCUUCAGUCAACUUAAUAUGUACUUUUAAAAAGCUUUUAUUUAAAGUGGUUGUCACUCCUUUCCUGUCACCUCAAAAAUUAGUGAAAUUCCAACACAGUCAAAAGAUAUCCUAAGAUAAAUUAGGCGCUACUUUGUCUUGGUGUAUACAUUACCUUAGUAUAUUACCAAUGACUGAUUAAAACCUGACAAAAGGCAGAGCUACCACUAUCAUGUUUUGUAAUUACUCUCUACUAGUAAUGGCUGGAGGCAAAAAAGCAUGGUCGAUGGAGGAUCUUGUGGAAUCCUCCAUACAUCUAAGUGUUGUACUUAUUGCUCGAUGUGGGCUCCCAGCAGAUAGAGAGCCAGGAGUUGAGGAAGACAGACCAGAUGAGGAUAGCGGCAGCCACGUGGGGCAGGCUUGGGUAAGUAAAACUCACCUUUUCUUGCACCCCCUGACCACUGCACUGCAAGUAGAGCAGUAACCAUUGGGAGUCUUUGCAAAAUAUGUAAAUACUCCAGACCGUGACAACGCUGCUCAAAAGGGUUACUCAAGGCACCAUGAUCUCUUAGUGAUUAGAAGUGGUCAUGGUGCCUGAGGUCUGUAUGUGCAGAAUUUAAACUCCUUAUGUGCAGAGUUUCCUAGUAAAUCUUCUACUUCCGAAGGUGUAACUCUGCCUCUGACCACGGCAUUGGGGCUUAUGUAAAUCAUCUGACACCAGCACGUGCAGUAUGGUGGUGCCAGACGUCAGCCACGGAGUGCUAGUUUGAGGGGCCAGGGGUAUGUUGACCACGACAAUGUACAUAUUACACCCAAUUCUAUUUGAGGUUAAUCCAUUCUAUAAACCAGCAGAAGGUAAAUAAAUUAAUAAAUGUAGUUUCUUAUUUUUUUCAUCUGAAGACUGCUUGAAGUUUGUGACAGGAAGACAUUGUCGGAUGCAUGCAUACCAACAUUGAGAGAUUAAUUUAGGGGAGCGGGUCUAGUUUGCUGCAUUUAUGGUAAUAUUUCCACUUCCAAACACAUUAUGACAGAGCUCCUGACACCAGUACAUAUAGCUCUACGUGUAAUUGAAUUUGUGCUUUACAGCAAACCUUGAAUUCACCAGCCAUUCUACUGUGACCCCCAUGACUCCAUGCCAGCCAUACUUUAGAAACCUGAUGAUGUCAAACACUGCUAAUGCAUUUCAUAGGGAUUGGCUAAUGGUGGCGAUUGCUGCACACACAUCCUAUGUGCCCACCGUUUGUCUAUAAGAAGCCUUUUAUUGAACAAAUUAAUCCGUAUUUCACUGAAGGAGGAUCAGUUGCAGGAAGGUGACUGUCCCUGACUGCGCUGAAAUGACUCUAACUUUUUAAAAUUGGUUUAUUCCUAAAUAUAUGUUCCUAUUAAACCAUUCCUCUGCACUGUGCAUCUGUUACUUAUGAAUAUAUUCUGAUCAAAACCACGUGUGCUACAGGUGAAUAGUUUAAAGAGCUGAACUGUACUAGCCUGUCUGCAUCAAUGAGAUUCAAGUUGUCCCUGCCUACUCUUUUAACCUUUUGAUAGUCACCAGUAGGUUAAAGUUUACACUGCACUGUGCUGACUCUCAGUGUAAUAUGAGCACAUUCCAGGCGCUUGAGCUGUAAAGACGUUAUUGUUACAAAAUGUUUAAUGGGUUUAGUGGUUUGAGGCAGGUUAAUCCCAUCAUUAUGGAAAUCAUUUACAUUUAAUGUGGGAUUUGGUGUUCUGGUAGGUUGAGUUUUAAAGGACAGGCCAGGGUCAUGUUUUGAGACCUCUAUGUAAAUAUUCACACCUGUCUUUGCCGAAGGCUUUUUUCCCCUUCUCUCUUUUAAUCAGACAAUGUGAAAUGGUUUCAUUUUCUUUUUCUAUUUUUUCCUAUUCUUCAAAUAUCGCCUGUGUAUGUGUAUUUAUUAUGUUAAAGGGAACAAUGUACUAAUGUACAAGAACAAUGUAUGCUAUUUCCACAGACUAUAGUGCUAAAGCCACCAUUUAGGUUUAAAAUUCACCCUAUUUCCAGCGCCGCGCAGGUAGGCCGGUGCUGGCUCCGCACCAUUGUGACAUCAUCAAAAUGGCCGAUUUUUAGCCAGUCCAAUGCUUUCCCAUGUUGGAUUGGCUAAAAUCGGCACUGGGGUGGGGCCAAAUGCCUUUUGGCCAAUCAGGACCGCCUCGUAGAGAGAUGAGGAAAAUUCAGCGUCUCCAUGCAGAGCGUGGGGAUGCUGAACGGCAGGGCUUACUGUGCAGCCCUGAGCCAGGAAGCACCUCCAGUGGCCAUCUAAGGAGUGGCCACUUGGAGGUGUACCUAGGGGCAAUGUAAACACUGCCUUUUCUCUGAAAAUGCAGUGUUUACAUGAAAAUGCCUGAAGGGAGCUAUUAUAUUCACCAGAACAACUACAUUAAGCUGUGGUUGUUCUGGUGACUAUAGUGUCCCUUUUAAGUGAAUGGCCCUGCUGUUAUUUGUUUUAUAGGCGGAAGACAUUCAUUUAUUCUUUCUACUGUUUUUGACCUGUUCUUUUAAGGGCUGGCACAAUCAUUAAACAAGGAAGAAGGUAUUCACUUGGGGCUUUUUGGGUGCCAGUUCUGGAGAAUAUGGAUACAAUGUAAUCACUUGCCCUUUGGUAAAUCCCCACUUAGGACUCAAACCUGUUCCUUUUAGCUCACCUGUGUAGUUUUGUUUACAUUUUGAUACCAUGGAAAUUGAAAAAUACAUAACCAAAUCAAUAUAACAGGAUUACAAGCUGUAAUGGAAAACAUGAGCUAACAUAUGCUGUAAUGGUUUUGUAAAUAUAAAGCAUAUCUUUCAAAAUGUAAGCUUUUGAGAAAGUGGUGUAGUAUAAGGGAGGGAAACUUUCCUUUUAGCUUGGCUUGCUAUCAUAUCCUCAGUCUUAAAAUGUGCUACUGUAGUCUACCAGGACAUAAGGGGUCGUUCAGUUGUGUGUAUAUAUAUAUUAAAGGGACACUAUAGUCACUACAGAUUAAUGUAGUUGUUCUGGUGAGUAUAGUAAGUCUCUGCAGGCAUUUUAAUGUAAAUAAUGUCUUUUCAGUGUUUACAUUGCUCCCUAGGCACAUCUCGAGUGGCAUUUACUCCGACAACCACUAUAGGUUCUUCCUGGGUGCAGCACCUACGUUCAGUGUCUCCACGCUCUGCAUGGAGACGCUAAAAUUUUCCCAUAGAGAUGCAUUGUUUCAAUGCAUGUCUAUGAGGAGAUGCUUAAAGGACCACUAUAGUGCCAGGAAAACAUACUCGUUUUCCUGGCACUAGAGUGCCCUGAGGGUGCCCCUCCCCCUGGGCUCUGGGGAGAGGAAAGAGGUUAAAACUUACCUUUCUCCAGCGCCGGGCGGGGAGCUCUCCGCCUCCGAUCCUCCUCCUCUCCUUUCGGCUGAAUGCGCACGCGCGGCAAGAGCUGCGCACACAUUCAGCCGGUCUCCUAUGGACGCUUGUGUGUUCUUACUGUGAUUUUCACAGCGAGAAUCAUGCAAGCGCCUCUAGCGGCUGUCAAUGAGAGGAUUUGAGGGCUGGAUUAACCCAUUUAUAAACAUAGCAGUUUCUCUUAACCCUAGCUGGACCUGGCACCCAGACCACUUCAUUAAGCUGAAGUGGUCUGGGUGCCUAGAGUGGUCCUUUUAAUGGCCAGCAUGAUGUUUGGCUCCCCCCGAUCUGCCUCCUUGGCUGAGAUAAUCUGAGAUGCCACUCUCAGCCAAUAUUUCUAUCUCACCCCCCCCCCCUCCAAACCAGAUCUCGAUAGGAGCUGCACUGACUUAGGCCCCUGAACAUCCUUGCUAUGCACACUAUCUUUUUUCACAGUAAACAGGAAGUAAUUUCAUAUAACUUUUUCCCAUUGCACAAACUGCUAAACUUGUGAAUAGGGGAGCUUCCCCACUGCUACAGGGAACUCCCACUGGUAAGCUACCAUCCUGCAGCCAAGCUGUAUGCACACAGGAGGGUAGUUAAAAGUAGGGAUUUGAGUGUGUUAUGGCAAUGUAUAUCUGGGAAUGUGUGUAACUGUGCUUGUUUGUGUCUGCAAAUACAUGUCUGUACGUGUGCGCAUGUCUAAGGGUAUGCCAGGGGCUUCUCAGAAUGUUUCUGUAUGGAGCCCCAUGAUUUCUGAUGGCUACCUUGGAUACGGUGCCAUUAGUUCAAUGGCAAUGUUUGUGUUACUUUUGCAAAGAACCCUGGGUGGCUCAUGAAGCCUAAUGGUAUCAUACCAACUACUAAAUGUGUAUUUAUGUAUUUAUACAAUAUUUUACCAGGAAGGAUACAUUGAGAUUUUUCUCAUUUUCAAGUAUGUCCUGGUUAUAGAACCUAGACUUCUUAAUAAAUGAUUAUCUGUUGGCUGGAAAUGGAUAAAGAAAAGCCUUCAUGGAUUCCCUGUAACUUGUCACGGCUCUGCGAUUUCAGUGUAAGUUAUCUCUGGAAAUAUGGGGCACUUUAAACCUUGGGGGUUGGUGUGUAAAUUUAGGAGCUAUGCAAAUUUAUUGUGGACCAACCAAACUUGUUUCAAAAAUCCAUUCGUGGUGUACAAAUCAAUGGAGUUUAUUUAGCCAUACUCUAAAACUGAAUUUUUACUAAUAAUAAUGAUUAUUAUUGUGUUGCAGUACUUCCUAAUCCUACAGUGUGAUUUGUGUUCCACACAAUGUUUCCUUGAUUUUGGUCUCUCUUAAAUAAGUAACGUUUUUAACCAUUUUUACAUACGAAAUAAAGCUUUAAAAAAAGCUGGUGGGGGGGGGUGGGGGGUGUAACAUUAUAUGCAAAUUACUUGCAUGAUUUCACCACCAAGGUUUAAUGUUUACAUACAUAGUGUGUAACAGAGUGAAUUGUUUGCCUGUUUAUUAAUUAACAGGUUUAUUUCAGAAAUAACAAAACUGAAAUAAUGUGAUGAUAACUUUUUAUCUGAUCUCUGCUUUAAACCAUUCUCAUUCUUCAACUCCCUUCUGGCCUAGCACUGAAUUAGGAAAUCUAAUAAUCCCUGUCGGCUGUGUUACUGAUUAAACUGGAGUCCAGACAUAUUUCUAUUGUAAUCUAAAAUAAAUCCUACAGUAUUAUGCAUUAGACAAAAGGCUACAUUAUAGUUCAACCAUUACUGGUACUGCUGGAGACAAGUUGCAUACUGCAUUGUGUUAUUUGUUGACCAUGUCUGUCUUAUCGCAUAGUUUAAACAAUCUAGUAAUAUUUUUUUAGUUUUUGUAAAGAAAUGAAUCAAAGAUUUUUUUGUUAGAGGCACAUUCUUAAUGUUAGAAAUAUAUAUUCUAAUGUUAGUUUCUUCUUAAUCUUUUAGAUUUAGACCCAUAGAGAAGCAUUGGGGAGCCUAUUUUCCAUGCAUGGCACUAGGGCUGGUGGAACGAUUUUUUUCCACCCUAGGCAAAAAAAUUAUUUGCUGGCCCCCCCAAGUUAUGACAUUACAACCAUAUGACCCGCCAAUCUCCACUUAUUUGCCCAGAUUCCAGUAAAGCCACCACGUGCUGCGCAUAGGGAUGUGCAGUGCAUUUCAAUAGGAUGUGUAUCAGGAAAUUAUUCCCCUAUGUUAUUUUUUUAAUGUUAUGUAAAGUGAAUAUUUAUUUAAUUGUUGAGUGGAUGUGUGGUGUGGGUGUGUGUCUUGUGUAGGGUGGCUAUAAGUGUAGUAUCUAUGUGUUAGGUGUUUGUUGUGGCUUUCUGUGCGUGAUGUAUAAGGCUGGCUCUGUUUAUAUAAAAUAGAAAGGUGAACAGCGCUAAAAAUCAGAAAAUGUACAUACGUUUUGUAGAAAUACUGGCCAGCAGAGUAAACUUUGAGGAGCUAUAUCAGCUCGGUGUUAAGAGCCUGGACGGAAUAAUCCCCGUCUAUGGAUUUAUAUACUAGAGCAACGACCUGCUCUAGUUUGGAGAAUUUCAGGUGGAAUAAUCCCCACCUUGGGAUAUAGUGGACCCAGGUAUAUUCUGAUUUUUAGCGCUGUUCACCUUUCUAUUUUAUCUGUCCAUUUAUCACAAGGUAGAGGAACACCUUGUUGGUGAACUGCUGCUCACCCCUGAGAAGAGAGCGCUUAUUAUUCUUUUGCAUUUGGCUCUGUUUAUAGCUGUGACUGUGGGUAGAUGUGAGUGAUAUGUGUAGCUGUGUGAGUAGCGAUGAGUGAAAAGUUGGGGCCACUGUAAGUGAUAGGUGUGGCAAUGUGUGAGGUGUAAGAAAAACAUGUAAAAAGUAGAGGAAUUUCCAUUUAGCAUAAGAUGGGAAGGGAGAAUCAGUGUUAGCUCCAAUUGUAUUGGGGGUUUAAAGGCAGCUGCCAGAGAUAGGGGCAGCACUGUAGGUUAUCGACUAAAGGGGGGUGGUCAGGAACUGUAGUGGUGUGUGAUGGGCUGUUGAUUGGGAUCACAGGCAGUACGUGGGGGUUAGGGGCUGUAAUGGGUAUAAGGGGCAGUAGUGGGGCUCAGAGGUGGGAGUAAGAGGCUGUUGUGGGGGGUCAGGACCUGUGUGUGGGUGAGGGGCAGUAGUGGAGGGUCAGGACCUGUAGUGGAGGGGUCAAGGGCAGUAUUGGUUGAUCAGAGGCAAUACUGGGGUGUUUUGAGCUGUAUUGGGGGUUAGGGGCUGAAGUGGUUGCUUAGGGGCAAGAGUGUUGUUGGGACCUGUAAUGGGGGCUGGGGGCUGUAGAGGGGGGUUAGGGGCAAUAAUGGGGGUUAGAAUCAGGAAAGAGAGCGCCCUGGACUGUGGCUCUGCCUAAAGCCUGGUUCACUAAACAGUGUUCUGGGUUAUGUGAAACUGAUAGCUGCUGUGGUACUUGCUAUCAGUGUUUAGAGCAGUUUCAGUCAUUUUAAACACUGAUAGCAAGUACCACAGCAGCUAUCAGUUCACGUAACCCUGUUCACUGCUUAGUGAACCAGGCUAUGUUCAGCUUUAGGCAGAGCCACAGUCCAGGGCGCUCAGUACUCAAUAAGUUGAGUCCCUUGAUGGAAACUAACAAAUGGACAUGGAUUUAAAUUGUACAUAGAAUGCCUAAGGUACCCGGAUUAAAAGUUGCUACGAUAUUUGACCUCCUAAAAAUGGCCUUGCUUCAAUAAGGCAAUUCUUGGCAAGCAUCAGCCCACUUAACCAGCUGUUCACAGUGUGGUGCUCAAACUAGUGUAGAGACAUUUGUAAGAAGCUAGAUUAGUUAAAUAAAGAAAACUCUGGAAGACCUACAAGUCUACCAACAUCUGAUAAACACUGCUUAAUUCUCAUAACUUUUUGGAGAUGGACAUGCUUGUCUUUUAUCGGCAAAGUCUUGACACCAAAGUACUGACUUCAACUCUAAAAAGUUGUAUUUUCAGAAAUGUGCACAAACAUUUGUAGGGAAGUAAAAAAAAAAAUGAUUGCACUCCAUAAAAUAUUUUCAAUUCAUCCAGUAGUCUUGUUUCACUGCAAUCCUUAUAGCAAAACGGGAGAAAAGGUGAUUGCACAAUUUUGAUAUAACUCCAGGGUUAUGUAGGUAAUCCCUAGGCUCUGUAGAUACAGAAAACCAACAUAGGGUAGUACAUUUAGACACCAAAUGUUAAAAAUGAAAGACUUGGGAGAACUCACAAUCUUUAGAGCAUUUCUAAGUUUGCUCUAAGCUAUGAAAGCGGAAUAUAUCAAUAAGAUGUGGAUAUAUCUGUGCUCGGUCCCCUCAGAAGGUGUUUGCAGUCUUCUGUAGAAUGGAUCAGGAACCAGGUAGCCAGAUGAAUCUAUAGUAAAUACUUUUAUUAAUACAAAAUAAAAAGCACAAUGCGUUUCGAACCAUUGCAAUGGGUCUUCCUCAGGUGCAUGUGUAGUUACAACUGCAUCAAUCAUCAUUUAUAUAUAGCAAACAAUUUUUUCUUGUAUUUCUGCCUCCUCCAAUAUGUCCGCUCGCAUCCUCUGGUCUGUAUGUAUUGUUCUUGUCCUUCUCAACAUGGCCGCACAUUGCGGCUCAUUCCGAUUCGUCAUUUCCGGUUUUCGCCAUUUCCGGAAAUCGUCACUUCUGGUUUCGUCACACCGGCGCCAUUUAUGGUGGCCGUGCAGGAACAUAUUCUCUCAUAUUGAUAAAUCAUCAGGGGAGGAGAAGAGAGCCAAGGGAGUUCCUAGUCCAAGUCCAUAUAGAAGCCAUAUUAGAAAAGGGAAAACUGAAGGGCAAUGAAAGAUAGGAUAAUUUGGUAUUAGUCCCCAAAAAAUAAGUAACAAAUACAGUAAUCUUCAAUAAGAAAUAAAGAUUAAAAAUAUAUAUUCAAUUGAUUAUAAAAUACAGAAUAUUAAGUAAAAACAUAAAAUAUGGUUUGAUGGAAAAAUAAAAUAAUAAGAAAUUGUUAUAAAAUAGGACCUAUCUCAAAGUCAAUAUUUAACCCUUUAGGGCAUAAUGUCUGAAGUUCAAAAAUCCAACUAGAUUAUUUUUUAACUUAAAUUAAAAGCAGUAUUACCCCCUCUCCAAUGAUUUUGAACUUGUUGGAUUGCUGUAAAUUCUAUUUCUUCAGGGUUUGACUUAUGUUUAACUAAAAAAUGGUUAGAUACAUUGUGAUUUGUAAAACCAUUUUUUAUAUUUCUGACAUGCUCGUAUAUCCUUGUCUUUAGGGGUCUAGAGGUUUUCCCUAUAUAUUGUAAACCGCAAGUACAUUGUAGCAAGUAUAUAACAUUGCUGGAAUCGCAUGGAAUAAAAGAAGUGAUGUUAAACCUUUUUUUUUUUGUUAUAUUAGAUGUAAAAUUAUCUUUCUUUUUAGUACUUACAUUAGUGUUUUUACAAGCAUAACAGUUACCACAAUGAUAAAAUCCUUUCGCUGUUUUAGACCAAUUAGUUAAAAAAUUACUGCUCUCCUUUUGUUUUUCUACAUAGUUGGACGUUAAAUUUUUUUAAAAAUGUUUUUCCCCUCUAAAAAUGAAUUUAGGGUUAUCACCAAUAAAAUUAUGGAUGUCAUGGUCCUGUUUUAAAAUAUUCCAAUUUUUGUUUAUAAUUCUUUUUAAUGUCCCAAUAUUGCUACAAUAGUUAAAAAUCUGUGGAAUUUGCUCCGCUUGUAUGUUUUGAUCUCUCCUUUUAUAAUUUAGCAAUUGCGAUCUAUCUAAAUCUUUUAUAUUGUCUGUAUCUUUUUGGAGAUUCUUCUCACAGUAUCCUUUCUGUAAAAACAGUUUUUUUUUAAAAGUUACGACUGUGUAAUAAAAUCCGAUUGAUCUGAACAGUUUCUUUUUAUUCUUAAAAAUUGACCCUUAGGGAUAUUCUGAAGCCAAUGGUCAUGAUGGCAACUGCUGGUUUCUAUAAAACUGUUUAUAUCCACUUGUUUAAAAAAGGUACGGGUCUUAAACUGUUGUUCCGAAAUAUGGAUGUUGAGAUCCAAAAAAUCAAUGGUCUCUGAGCUUACAUUUUUGGUGAGUUUAAUCCCCCACUAAUUAAGGUUAAGAUAAUUAAAAAAUGAAUUAAAUUAUGCUUCAGACCCUUUCCAAAUAAUAAAAAUAUCUAUAUAUUGCCUGUAUAGGACCAGGUUUGCUCCCCAGCUAUGUCCCUGGUAUAUAAACGAAUUUUCCCAGUGGGACAUAAACAAGUUAGCAUAGCUGGGGGAAAACCUGGUCCCCAUAGAAGUGCCUCGAGUUGUAGAUAAAAAUCGCCAUCAAACCAGAAAAAAAUAUUGGUUAAAAUCAUCUGUAUUCCUUUGAUAAUAAAAUCAAUCUGAAUAUCAAAAAAAAUCUUUGGACUGAUUUAAAAAAGUGACUGCCUCUACUCCCUUUGUGUGUUCAAUUAUUGUGUAUAGGUCUGUAACGUCACAGGUAAUCAAUAAAAGGCUUUCUUCCCAUUUUUGUUCUUGUAAAUUUUUUAAAAGACUCAGAGUCUUGCAAAUAUGAGGGACAUGUCCUCACUAGAGGUUGAAGGAAAUAAUCAAUAAAUUGUGAUAAAAUAGUCUAUCCCAGAAACAAUUGGGAUAGACUAUUAUCCAAACUUUUGUGUAUUUUAGGCAAGACAUACAGAACAGGUAUUUUUGAAUAUUUUGUCUGGAGGAAUGCAAACUCAUUUUUGUCUAAUACCUCAUUAUUGAGACCUUCUGCUAAAAGAUUUUUAUAUUUUAUUUUUAUUUCGGCAGUGGGAUUUUUAUUCAACUUUUUGUAGGUAGUAGUAGUAUUCAACUUUUUGUAGGUAGUAGAAGUUGUCUCCUUAUUUCGUUAAGAUAAGCUUCUUUAUCAAGGACUACUACCCCCCUUUUUAUCGGCCGGUUUAAUUACAAUUGUGGUGUCUUGUUUAAAGCUUUUAAGCAUUUGUUUUUCUUUCAAGGUCAUAUUUUCUUGAUAUUUUGAGAGGGGUUUUAUUUUAUAUAACUCUUCAAGACAUGCUUUUUCAAAUACUCGCAUACUCUGCGAUUUAAAAUGUUGAGGGUAGAACGUAGAUUUUUUUUUUUUUUUCUUAAAAUUGGUGUGCAUAAUCAUCCUACAUUAUCAACUAAUUCUAAGGCUGCAUUCUCUUCUGUAUUACUUUCUAGUGAGUUAUUUUUAUUAAAAAACCUUUUUAGGCAUAACUUCCUCAUGAAUCUGUUUACGUCAAUAAAGGCCUCAAAUUUAUUAAUGGGGCAGCUAGGGGCAUACCUGAACCCUUUCCUUAAAAUCCAUGACAGAACGUCUUAUGGAACAGUAAUUAGAACUCCAAUUAUUACACUUCUUUUUUUUGUUUUUUUGCCAAAAAGUAUGAGGCAAGGGUUUUCUAUGUAAUCUUAGAGCAUUGCAGCCAAAGGGAAAACAAAGUCAAUGGACUUGAGAAUGGAUUAUCUAAUAGAUUUUCAUUAACUAUCAUGUACCUUCUGAAAAUUGUCCCAGUAUGCUCUCAUGCUAAAAAACAUUAUUUAUAUUUUUAAAGACAUUUAUAAAACCAUUAUACCAAGACUUUGCCAAUACUAUUAAGAGCAGCGCUUUGCAGUUCUGAUAUCUUCAUGCAAUUUGAUUGGCCUCCUCAGAUCGAUGAUGUCCAUAUAGCCAAAGCUGUGUGGUCCUUAGACAAGAAAAAGAAUAUAAAGCAGACAGGCGAAAGAGGAGUUAUGAAGAAUAUUGCAAUACACUUGGAAUGAUUUACCACAGGACAUUAAAAAUAAAACAACAACAAAAACCACGUACACAACAGCCUACCAAAACUUUGUUUUGCAUUUUUAAGGGAGUCUAGAGAAAACAGUUUAUAAAAACAUGUUUUUUUUUUUUGUUUUUUUUUUUUUAUAAACAUGCUUUUAUUAAAAAACAAAAAGUUCUACUGUUGUUUUAAUUGUAACGUCUUCAGACACUUGAAACCUCAACAAGCCUUCCAUCAUUGAUGACUGAUGUUACUGGUUUCUCCUGACGUGACUUCAAUUGUAUCCUAUGUAAAUGCAAUGUAAAGUAAUAUCCUGGUGAUAAUCACUGCAUGUAUAGAUAUAGUCCAUUGCUAUCAACCGUCUUGUGCCAUCUUUCUAAAAGUCAAUUUUCUGUUCUCAUGUAGGUGUAAGAAUAGAACGGUAAUUCAAGUUGCCGUCAUUUAAAACUGGAAUUUAACCUCUUUAAGGAGCACUCCAAACAUAUUUUAUUUUGUGUUUUUAAUAUUAAGUUGUACCCUAUUUAAUUAUGCAGUGUUAGUGGGCCCAGGAUAUACUUGAAAACGAUAGAAAUCUCAAUGUAUCCUUCCUGGUAAAAUAUUUUCUAAAUAAAUACAAUAAACAUUGACCAUUCCAAUUUUAAAUAGUCAAACGGUUUAUAGGGCAGCUGAACUUCCUACCUGUGGUCCACAGAGCACCAUUCCCCACUUCCACUACGAUAAGAUAGUUACUCAUGAAGUGCAUUUAUAUGACAGAUGGGAUUUCCUGUAGGUGCUACAUAUUCCUAUAAAUACUCCUAAUAUACGGCAAAUGAACAAUGUACAGCUCCAAAAAAACAAACAAACAGGGCAGAUAUAAGACAAGCAGUGCUGUACGUGUUUGUCUUAUGAGACUUGUGAUCCACGCACUGUUUUAUUUAAGGCUGAUUCAUUUAUUUCGAGAUUUGUUCUCUUGCAAGUGUCCUUCUAGACAUCGGAUGACUAGCGUAAAUAAAAUGUGUUGUUCCUUCUCCAAGUGGUUUUACAGACUCAGCACAGCACUUGUGGAUGUUAUGACAUUAACACAAAUGUUUUGAGUAAGAUUUAUAAAUCAUUGGUUGUUUUGUUUCCAGAUAAUAUGCUUCAGUGCAUUCGAGAAUACAGUUAUUGGGACAUAACUCUGUUGUUCAUGAUGGAUAAUCACUGAGUGCUACGGGAAGAUGGUUUAUAGCUUUUUACACGUCUGUGUGUGUUUAAACACAUAUGCCUUUCUAAUCUAUAAGGACAGUGUGGCACAUGUCAGCAUCUAUAUGUUUAUGUAAUGGAAGUAAGGCUGUAUUUGGGAUGAUGACUGUUUUGUUUUAUCUGAGCAGCUGUCUUUGAUCAACUCCAUGUAUGAAUGCUAUAUAUUUUGUAAAUAAAUACAAUAUUUCUUGAUUAUACUAGAAUAAGUGUUCUAAGUAUUUAAAUAACAUUAUUCCACAGAUCUGCCUCGAUAGCUCCUAGAUUAAUCUGCUUCCCUAAUGGAAGAGGAGAAAUUUCCACUCGGACAAAUACAAGCUUUUUCCAUAAUUCUACACUGCAAUUCAAAGCCCUAUUGUCAAUAUAUAUUCAUACAUGCAGACACUAAUUUCUCAAAUGUGGCUUUCUCUCUAUUCCAGGAUGCUGUUUUUGUUUAGUGCUUAAAUCCAUAGGCAAAUGCAAGUGUUGUGCCAAUUGCUGCCACGCAGAAUUUGGACCAAAUUGUCCUCCAUUUCUUAUGUCUUCUUUUGGGGUCAGUUUGGGUUAAAAUAAAAAUGCAAACUUUAUUUAAACCACCCCCCCCUCCCCCAGAUUUAAAACAAUUUCAUAUUUGACUGUAGCUACAGUUUGGCUUUUUAGCUUUAAAUGUUGUAAUUCAAUUUUCAAUUCUAAGUCUAUAGGUAUUCUCUGCAAAUAAGAAACACCGUAGACUUAGGAAUACAAAGUGUAUUCUUAACUCUAUAGUGUUCCUCUACCUAGCUCUAAAUAGGUGUCCUGCUCUAGCUGUUGUAGAACUGCAAUUACCAUGAUGCUUUGCCAACUUCGUUUUACUCUUAAUUCCCAAACAGACAAUAUCUCUUGCAGACACACUGACCGAGCACCUCAAACUGCUUAUUGAGGUUUUAUGUGUUCGACUCCAUCUGAUCAUCAGCUGCAUGUAAAAAGCACAUACCACGUCUUUCACACCAUUAAGUGCAAUCUAAAAAUAACAUGCCUAUGUUAAAAUAAUGUUUUAAAAAUUUUUUUUUUAAAGUUUCUAAUAAAAAAAAAACACAUUUUAUGCCCCAAUCUGCAUUUUAGCAGUAUUUCACUUCAAAAAAUGUUCUCAAUAUAUUUCCCUUUGUUUCAAGCAGGGAAAGCUGCCAUUUGUCUCUCAUUACAGUCUUCGUUUGUCAGUGUCAAAGGUCCCUGUUUAUAGAUCUUAAAGUUUACCAUGGAGGGGUGAUAAUGAUUGUAAAGAGCAGGUGCACUUUGUGAAAAAACUCUGAUACAGGAUAGCAAUCCUUUCAAUUAUAAAGUGUUGAGGUGGGGGGCGUGGCUGAUCAAGCUGCAGGCAAGACAUGUUUGAAAGGAGCUCCGCUACAGAAACCACAAAAGUUGUCUAAUCACCCUUAAAAUCGCUCCAAAAGCAAAAACAAAACGGAAACCCCCACCCAGACGACAUAAUGGGGCAUAAAAAUAAGAAACCCCAAAUGCAGGAGACUCGUCAACUGCCCGACAUCAGGCUCUCAUUUGAAAGGCCUACCCCGCGGGUCGCUCCUAAAAUGGCGCCGGCAGAGCUGAGCGAUAGUGAAGCCUCUGAGGGAACACAAGAGACAGAGCAACAUACCGGGACUGGCCUUGCCAGCAGCAACAAAAGCGAGUCCGAAUCCGACGAGGAUUCCUCACCGGCUACCAAACGGGACAUAAAGAACCUGUUGCUGGAAAUGAGACAAGUGUGGAAGGCGGACCUAUGGGCAACACAAGCCGAGCUGGGAACCCUGCGCACACGGAUUGCAGACGGGGAAUCCAGAGAAGGAGCCAGGGACCAAAAGCUACAAACCGCACAGAAAGAGAUCCAGGAACUUACCCAUCAAGUCCAGACACUUGCCAGAAGUGUGACGGUGAUGGAGUCCAGACGUAGAAGGAAGAACAUACGCCUUCGAGGAGUGCCAGAAAGAAUCUCGGGAGAAGACCUCCUGCCCUUCCUACACCUCUUACUGCACCACAUGGGAGCCCCAAAGGCACCAAGCACGGAACUGGUGACCACAGCAUUCCGGAUCCGAAAGGCGGCAGCUGCUCCAGAGGAAGCACCGAGAGACAUUAUUGCUGUCACUAGGGACAUUACAGCUAGGUCCACCAUAAUGUCCCGUUCCAGAGAGAUUAAAAGUAUCAGAUUUGAGGGCUCAACAAUAGCUAUAUACGGGGAUCUCCCGUUUGCCACGUUAAUGGCAAAGAGGCACCUCACACCGGUGGCAAAACAACUAAGGGAGGCAGAUAUCAAAUAUAGGUGGGGAGCAAAGGGAUACUUAGUGGCCCAGAGGGAAGGGGAAACCAAGCUGCAUUCCUCAGAAGCCUGCAGGUAAUCGGGAGGGACCCAGAGCGAGCCCAUAGAGCCAAAACCGACGCACACCGCUAAACCCCCACACCGCAUACCUAAGACCAUCACACGACUGUUACAAGUCCCCCACUAUGACCUUGCAAGCCUCGAGGAGACUGCCCGCAUGACAUUGCAAUGCUAGCCCAGACAGGAGAAUUCAAGACCCCUUAUGACCAGGGGACAAGCACAUGAUACACAGCCUAAUAACAGGGAACGCUUAGAGGUUAUGUAAAUAGUUAAACUAUAGUUACCAACUUACCACAGCUGCACGAGUGGGCAUUAGCACCUAGUUAACAUAUGAAAGAAAGGGCGACCCCAAGUCCAGGGCAGCCUACACGCACACCGACCCACGGGAGGGCCCACACAGGAAGCAGCCCCGAUGCUAUACAAUAAAGAUGUAAACCUGCACAGAUAGCCUGGAAUAAGAAACUGUUGAACCGUUGUCUUUCACAUGAUAUUUCUCUCAUAAAUUGUUGAAGUGUGUGUUGUGUGAGAAAACUCAAUAAAAUACAAAUUAUAAUAAAGUGUUGAGGUAUUAUGCCAAAGUUGGUUUAUGUAUCAAGUUCACAUUUACCCCUUCCGGCCAUUAGGAUGUCCAAUGCUGUCCUACAACAGGAGGGCUGUAACACUGUUAGGGCCUCCCUCCAGAAUACUUACCCUGCACUCAGACAACCCUCAGCAUAUAAAAUUCCAGCACUCAACAAAAAUAUCAAUAAAAUGGAAUAUGAAUAAACAUAAUAAUUGGCAGCAUUCAAAGGACUUUCAAAAAAAGUCUUUCCCAAUACAUGUCCAACAAAAUCCCUACAGGCCCUACACUGUCGACACUUCGAUUUUGUUGGACUUGUAUAGGUCAAGAUUCUUUUUUCGGAAGUCUUUUUGUGCUGCCAAUUAUUGUUUUAGGUUUCUAUUUAGUAUUCAUAAAGCCCAGCAGAAACACCAGAGAUUUUAAUUUGCAAGCCCUAUAUCUGUCCCUGUGACUUUCCAAAACCCCAUAAAACCUACUUGUGGGACAUGACCGCAAUAUGUGUGUUUUUUUUGUUUGUUUUUUGCAGUAAAAUGUAACUGUAUUAUGAAAUUCACAGUUAACAUGCAAUGCAGAACUUGGGAAAAUAAUGUAUUGUAGCCCCAUGUAGCCAGAGCGCAGCUUAGCGGAAAAGGGCCUUGACAGGGGUUAGGAGGCGGGCAUAGGAGGGACCAAGCAGGACUGUGGGAUUAUGGGAUGGGGGCUGGCUAUUUAUUAGGCAGCCAUUUUAAAAAUGUGCACAUUAAUUCCUACCUAGCUGUGUUUGUCCCACCCUCCCUCCCUGUAAUGGGUUUGUUUUCUUUUAUCCCGUUUUGUCACAGCGGCGGGAUAGAGAGCUAGGGAAGGAAAAAUAGGCUCUCCAUGAGGAACGUGAGGAACAUGAAGAAUUGUGGUCACUGGUCGAUGGUGGGUUUCGAGUCCUGGAGGUGGCUCAGAACCUGGUGGGGUAGGGGUAUCUGGGUAUACCCCUACCGUGGUUACUUAUGGUUGCAUUCAAAUCGGUUCAUGUUGGAGUAAAGUUAAAGCGUUAUUUAUAUAUAUUUAUGUGUUGCUUAUGUUGGGUCAUUGCCCUGAUAUUUAGUGAAGGUAUAGAUGCGAGGGCGGAGGAUGGGGGGCAAUGACCCAUGUGUUAUAUAUAUGUUAAAUUAUUAGUAUCGUUUCUGUUUGUUAAUAAAGCUGUGGACAAUUUUUCCCAUAUUCCUAGUGUCAGCGUGUUAUUGGGGAUAGGUAUGUGGGAUGGUUGUCCAAGGUUCCGACUGCCCAUAUGGCGACUAUACACCAGUCAUGAUUUCCCACCCUUUUUUUUUUUCAGAUUUUAUUCAGAUUAAAUUGUUUUAUUAAUAUUUUAUGUGACAUGAAAGCUCUAUUUCUUCUACAUAUAUUGAUAUAUAAUAAGUGUGUGUGCACGUAACGUGAAAGAGGCAAAUAGCUUGAAUUCUAGGUUUUGUUUUGGUUUAGAACUUGGACAAUUGCCUCCCUCAUUAAAGGAACACUUUUUAGUAUUAGGAAUACAAAGAUGUGGAAGUUUAUACUUCUACAUUUUCAUAACAACUCAUAGCUGGUUUGUUUAGUAUUCAUUGACUGAGAAUGUCCCUUUUCAAAGUUAAAGAGUUUACUUUGAGAUGUAAGGGCUUUGCUGGUCAGAUUUUAAAGGGGUACUUCAGGCUGGAAGUUGGCCCCUUUUUUUGUGUGUGUGUUUUUUUUUUUCUUUUUUUGAGCACCCUUUAAGGACAAAUGUCACGUGUGACAUGUCAUGAUUCCCUUUUAUUCCAGAAGUUUGAUCCUUAAGGGGUUAAAGAAAUAUGCAAAAAUAAAAUGAAUACAAAUACAUGUUUGUUUGUUUGUUUUUUAACAUUUUGUGUCUGCUGCUAAUCCAGAGAAAAUCUUCUACAGUAUAAAGCCCCUUCCAAAUUAGCAAGAGGCUAUUAGGCCUAAUUUUAUCCCCAAGAAGUCUGGCAAGCAAAUGUUUAUUUGAUCUGUAUUUCACCUUUAGCAGCAGUUCCAUUUGUCUGACAUCUAUGUAUAGAGCGGAUGCCAACGGGCACUGGAGUCAGAGAGCUGCACUGGUAAUAAGCUUGGUUAGGUUCCGCCCCCUCCAUGCCAUUUCUUUACCAUCUUUUUUUUUUUUUUUUUUUAAUUUGAUGAUAGGAUGCCCACAGUAGCUCAGCUGAAAUGUUCUUCAAACUGGUUUAUAAUUCACACAUUAAAUAUAAAUAAGCAGUCACACAUGCUUGCAUACAUACACAUAUCUAAUCUAUGGUCUAUAUACACGGCACUGUGACAAAUGCUGUUUAAAAAAAAAAGGUUUUAAAAUAGAAAUUUGACUGACUAGUUUUCAUUUUUGAAAUUAACAAAAUGCAAAGUGAGUGAACAGAAGAAGAAUUUAAAUCAUUAUUGUAUUUGAUGUCUCCAUCCUUUGCCUUCAAAACCAUAUCAAUUCUUCUUGGUACAUCUACACAAUGUAUUGGGUUUUGUAGGCAUGUAGUAAGGUGCAUGAUUAAACAGUUAUACCACACUGGUGCUAAUGAUCAACCACUUCAUAGGUAGGGUGAAAUACAAUAAAUACGUGAUCUAUGUGUAGGAGGAAUAAACCUGAGUGAGGAGCAGCUAAACUCUGCUAAUAAGGUUUAGGUUGCUGAGGACCUUCUAUAAUUCUUUAUUUUUUGUUUUGUGCAGGUAAGUACAUUGCAAGAUCAAACGCCACAACAGCGCACACAUUGUAUACAGGUUGAAUAGUGGCAUGAGUAUAUGCACAAUGUUUUGUGAUACAUAAACAAUCUUAUCUAGACCUAUGAGUAUGCAUAAUAACAUGUAGUAUACAUGUUAAGUAAGAGUAGAAUACCAAGAAGUUAUGCAAGUUAAGUCUUGCUGGAUAUAAACUAAUUAUGAAUAACACAUAAGGUUAACUUUGAGCGCCGGUAAUAGUAGAACAUCAUAUUUGCUGUGCUUUGCUAGAGUUUAAACGUGAUAUCUGAUAUAAGGCUUUUGUCAUACCGCGACCUAGUCAGGUGUGCCUUCGUAGUCAGGUUGCCCCAUCAUAGCGCAGUAUUUGAUAAUAAAAAUGCAUGCAGUCAGAGAAAAAGUAAACACAUAAACAAUAUAAACAUAAGAUUGAUGUCUACGUGAGCUGGUUUCUAGAUUAGUACACAGGAGCGUGUUCGAUGUGAGAGUGAGGUGUGCACGUGAGUUAAUGCUUGUAAGCUAAGACUUUCUCUCAUGGUUUAGAAGUGUGUGAGUGUACAUGCGAUAUGUGGAUGUGAGGCACACCCUGUGUAGGUUCAGUUGGCAUUUAAGCAAAGAAAUGAAAAUAACAAUACCCCUCCAAUCCCCCGUUUAAAAAAAAAAAAAAAAAAAGUUACUAGAUUCACUGUAGCCUAAAUUAAACGCCUAGGGUUAUUAAACUUAGGUAAGGAAAUAUGCAGCAGGCACUUUGCCUGAUAUAGAGUCUCAUCACAGUUUUCAGUCAGCGAACGCCCUGCAAGGGCUGAGUGUGAUCCCACUGUGCAGAUUGUUGCGUCCAGCUCAGUGUCUCAUAGGUGAGGGGUCUCUGACUAUGAGACUCAGGGACUCAGGGUCUCAGCGUGUCGCGGUAGCAGGAGAGCGUCCGUCUCUCCUGCGCCUGCCAUGCUUGUAGGUCUCAUGGGAGUUUCGGGUGAACACUGCUCAGAAUGUCGCUUGGGUGGUGUCAUCUUGAUCACCUCGUUGUCAUCAGUUUCCUGGUGGCCUUCCCGUGUCGGGUAAUUGCUUUUUUGUAAACGAAAUUCAGCUUUUUCUUGUUCAUGCAGCAGGGCUGAGGACCUUUUAAUGAUAAAAGACUGAGCAUAGAAACAAGAUUUAUUGAAUGCCCAGUUUCAUUUCUAUGGUGUGACACAUUAGUCUGUCCAACAAGCAGACGUGCUGUCUGACUGUAUAGGGUCUCAGUUGGGACAAUCCUGAACUCCAUUGUCCUUGGAAUAUUAUUGGUAGCAAGUUUGAGUACUGGUGAUGGGACAGGAUAUGCUCAGUAAGACAUCUGACGUCAGGUUUUCUAGGCAAAACCCAACGGAGCAAAUUUCUUACUGAUCCCAGGAAUAAAUAUAUAGGUUUUUCUGCUCCAUUAAUCUAUAUUUUUCCAUCCAUUUCCUGAAUAAUAAGCCUCAGUUUGUAUAAACAUUACUCAUCUCUUUUGUGUAGAACCUUUUUUAUGUGUUUGACUCACGGCUCUAGCAACACAAAGGUUAACUAUUGUGUUGACAUGGAGGCCAGUGAUAUGGUUUAGACCGAGAACCCUGGCUCCACAGAUGCUGGGCUUUUUUCCAAACAGAAGCGUCAAUCUAUGUGGGAGGAUGGACAUCUGUGGAAUGUGUUGGCCUGAUAACCCUGUUUAAAGAUAGCUAGUGUGAAAGCCAGGGAGGAAACACAGACACCUCUAUUGUGAUGGAUACUCAAAUAUAAUCAAGAAGUAUUUUUAACUGAAUGCUAGAAGGUUAUCCUGGAAGUACUCAUGUUCAGAAAUCUACCACUUUUAUAUGUAAAGAAAUGGGAUAGGUGUGUAUAUAUGUUGUUAGUAAUGUGACAAAGGCACCAUGUUGACUUUAAUGGUGUAAAUAAAUAAUAUAUAAAUAUAAAUUUUAGGGUCUCCAUGCUUGGGGGAUGGCAAAUACAUUGGAAUACUUCCAAAUCCAGCCACAGAGAUUCCAUCAUACUGAGGACCUUUUAUUGGAAUAGGAACAACAUGACAACGUUUUGGCCAAUAUAGUUAGCUUUUCGCAAGAUCCUACUCAUCUUGUAGAAUAUGCAUUUGAUAAAAGUAGCACAAAGUCAAUUGGAACACAAUGGGGUCUUUUCAUUAAACCGGGAACUUUGGAGAAUUGAAAAACAAAAAAAAUUAUUUGAUACGAUAAAUUUUCUGGCUUUGCCAUUUUAUCUUAAACUGCACAAUCCCUUUGUAAAUUCUCUGCCAUUGUCUGUUUCUAGUAGAUAAAACCGAAUGUGAAUCAAAUAUCCUGAGACACCGGUUUUAGAAGUUGUGAUUUUUCUCAGUCAGGUGAAACUGCUUCGUUCGAUGAUACUGUAACGUGAGGCAACUUAGAACAGUAUAUAAAGACGUUGGUGUGCCUUGAUACAGCUGAAAUACACCUCUUCAUUUAGUAGUCUGACCAGCAAUCCAGCUCUACAUUUAGAAACAAGUUAUGACUUCUACGUACGUGUAGAUCAUGUGCGCUAAGUAAACACUAUGUAGCUCAACUCUUCCUUCUGUCUGUUUUUAUUUUUUAUUUUUAUUUUUUCUGUCAUACUGGUUUGCAUCAGACUAUUAUAGUAUUGUCAUUUAAUACAAUAGAAACCCAGUCUAUAUGUUUCUUAACCCUCUCAGCAUUUACCUUUUAACACAAAUCUGUGAAGUAUCCAAGCGAAACUCCUAUCCAAAUCCAAACCAGAAUCUUCAACCUUCAUGUCUCUAUUGUUGGGCUAAAAAUUUGAAAUCAUUCCCAAGGAUUAAUGCAAUGAAUAAUUAAAAUAUAUAUAUAUAUAUAUAUAUAUAUAUAUAUAUAUAUAUAUAUAUAUAUAUAUAUAUAUAUAUAUAUAUAUAUUUUUUUUUAUUUUUUAUUUUUUUUUUUAUUCAGGCACAUUUCAGCAGGGAAUGAUGCACCAGGUGGUAGAAGAAUAUUUUUGGUAAUGAAAAUGCAUAGCACUAUUAACUAAAGUGUGAGUUGUCAGGUAUUCAAAGUGAAUUUAGAAUUCUAGACCAAAGUAGGUGAAUUGGCAAAUUACACGUCACUCUCUAGUGAUUUACCCUAAAACAUGGCUUACAAAUUGAAGCCCUGUUUUACUAGCCAGGCCUUAAAAGGUAUUUGCCGCUGCAAUACAUAGAAUGAUGCAUUUUGCCCUCCUCCCCCAAAAUAAAUGCAUCUUCACCUGUGUGUCUCUUAACCCCAUUUUUGAAUGUCUUAUCCCUCGUUGUGUAUCUCUUACAACUCCCUUGCGUCUUCCCCCCCAGCCACUCUGUGCGUCUGUUUCUCCCCCCAGCCACUCUGUGCGUCUGUUUCCCAGCCCCCAGCCACUCUGUGCGUCUGUUUCCCAGCCCCCAGCCACUCUGUGCGUCUGUUUCCCCCCAGCGCCUCGCAGCCCCAGCCACUCCGCCUGUUUCCAGCCCCAGCCAUGCGCCUGUUUCCCAGCCCCCCAGCCACUCUUGUGCGCCUGUUUCCCAGCCCCAGCCACCUUGCAGCGCCUGUGCCUCAGCCACUUUGUGCGCCAGCCCCAGCACUCUGUGCUCUGUUUCAGCCCCUGUGCCACUCUGUGCGUUUCUGUGCCCCCAGCUACUUGUAGCGUUUGCUAGCCACGGCAGCGCCUGUUUUCCCUGCGCUCUGCCAGCCACUCUUGUGCGCGCUCGCUUUGCUACCUCUGUGCGUUUGUUUUCCUCUUUUGUGCCACGUUUAUGCCCCAGCCACUCUGUGCCUGUUUUUCCCCAGCUGCGUUUGUUUUCCCCCAGCUACUUGUGCGCCUGUUUCUCCAGCUACUUGUGCCUUGUUUCCAGCUGUUUGCCGCUUCAGCUACUUUGUGCUUGCGCUUUGUUUCUCCAGCUUUUCUGUUUCAGCUUCUCUGUGCUAAUUUGUGCGUUUGCUUUCCAGCUACUUGCAGGCGUUUGUUUCGCCCAGCUACUUGCGCUGUUUCGUUUCAGCUAAUUUGCUUUGUUUCCAGCCACUUGCGCUCUGUUUUCUCAGCUAAUUUUGUGCGCUUGUUUUCUGUAUGCUACUUGUGCUUCUAGUUAAUUUGUAUGCUCUUCAGCUACUUGUGCCAUUUGUUUUCUCGCUCUUGCUACUCGCUUGUGCGUUUGUUUCGCCAGCUACUUGUGCGUUUGUUUCGCCAGCUACUUGUGCGCCUUCGCUACUUGUGCGUUUGUUUGUGCUAAUUUGUGCGCUCUGUUUCUCAGCUACUUGUGCGCUUCUCAGCUACUCUGUGCUGCCUGUUUUCGCCUCUUGCCGGCCUGUUUCCCCGCCCCUCAGCCAUAAUUUGUGCGCCUGUUUCCCUCGCUUUACUUGUGCCUGUUUCUGUGCGCCUUUGUGGCCACUUGCGCGCCUGUUUCUCAGCUACCUGUGUUACUCUGUGCGCUCUGUUUCUCGCCACUCUGUGCUGCCUGUUUCGCCAGCCACUUGCGCUGCCUGUUUCAGCGUUUACUUUGUGCGCCUUGCUCUUGCGCCACUCUGUGCCUGUUUCCCAGCCACUCUGUGCGCCUGUUUCGCUAAUUUGUUGUCGCCACACUUGUGCGCCUUGUUCUCACUUGUGCGUUUGUUUCCUCACACUUGUGCGCCUGCCACUUUGCGCCUGCUAUUCUGUAUGCCUGUUUCACUACUCUUGCGCGCCUGUUUCCCGCCACUCUGUAGCGCCUUGUUUCCCUGUGUGCUCUGCUUGUGCCACUCUGCUCUGUUUCUGUGCCUCUCUGUGCUGUGCGCCUGUUUCCCAGCCUCUCUCCCAGCGCUGCCUGUUUCCCAGCCUCUCUGUGCGCUCUGCUGUUUCCCCAGCGCCUCUGUUUGCGCGCCUGUUUCCCAGGCCUCUGUACUCUCUGUGCGCCUGUUUCCUCAGCCUCUCUGUGCCUGUUUCCUAGCCUCUUGCGCGCCUGUUUCCCAGUUUCUGUGCUCUCCCAGCCUCUCUGUGCGCCUGUUUCCUGUAGCUCUCUGUGCGCCUGGUUCUCUGUGCGCCUGUGCGCUCUGUUUCCAGUCUCUGUGCGCUCUGUUUCCCCUGCCCCAUUUCUCGCUUCUCAGCAUGCUCUGUUUCCCUCCCCCUCGCCUCUCUCUGACCCCCCGGCCCCUCUCUCUCUCCCCCAGCACAUAGUUGCAUAGUUACAUAGCUGAAAAGUGAAAAGAGACUUGUGGCCAUCAAGUUCAGCCUUCCUCACGUAUGUUUUUGCUGUUGAUCCAAAAGAAGGCAAAACAACCCAGUCUGAAGCGCUUCCAAUUUUGCAACAAACUAGGAAAAAAAAUUCCUUCUUGACCCCAAAUUAGCAGUCAGAUAUCUCAUUGGAUCAAGCAGCUAUUACCCCAUGAAUUAGAAAUUAUAUCCCUGUAUGUUAUGUUUUGCAAGUAUUUAUCCAAUUGCUGUUUAAACAUCUGUAUGGACUCUGAUAAAACCAACUCUUCAGGCAGAGAAUUCCAUAUCCUUAUAGUUCUUACUGUAAAAAAACCUUUUCUUUGCCUUAGAUUAAAUCUAUUUUCUUCCAGCCUAAAUGCGUAACCUCGUGUCCUAUGUAUAUCCCUAUUUAUGAAUAAAUUUCCAGAUAAUGGUUUGUACUGGUCCCGAAUAUAUAUGUAUAAUGUUAUCAUAUCCUCUCUGAGGCACCGUUUUUCCAAACUAAAGAGAUUUACAUUUUUUAACCUUUCUUCAUAACUAAAAUGCUCCAUUCCUUUUAUCAAUUUUGUAGCUCAUCUCUGAACUCUUUACAGUGCCAUGAUAUCCUUCUUUAGAACAGGUGCCCAAAAUUGCACAGCAUAUUCAAGGUGUGGUCUUAUCAGCGAUUUAUAAAGAGGCAAAAUUAUAUUUUCAUCCCGAGAAUUUAUGCACCUAUUUAUGCAUGACAAAACCUUACUGGCCUUAGCAACUGCAGAUUGACAUUGCAUAUUGCUGCCUAAUUUGUUGUCUAUAACAAUUCCCAAAUCCUUCUCGUGUGUGGUUACCUCUAAUUCACUACUAUUUAGGAUGUAAGUUGAUUGUGCAUUCUUGACCCCGAAGUGCAUAACUUUGCAUUUCUCUACAUUAAAUUUCAUCUGCCAUUUUAGUGCCCAGUCCCCAAAUCUAUCUAAAUCCCUUUGCAGCAAAGCAAUAUCUUGCUCACAUUUUACGACUUUACAAAGUUUUGUGUCAUCUGCAAACACUAAAACAUGGCUUUCAAUGCCUAUUUCAAGAUUAUUUAUAAAUAUGUUAAAUAGAAGCGGUCAUAAAACAGAACCCUGAGGGUCACCACUUACCACUUUUGUGCAGCUUGAAAAUGUACCAUUAAUGACAACUCGUUGUCCUCUAUCCUUAAAGGACCACUAUAGUGCCAGGAAAACAUACUCGAAAACAUACCCGCCCGGCUCUGGAAAUGGGAAAGGGGUAAAAACUUACCUUUUUCCAGCGCUGGGCGGAGAGCUCUCCUCCUCCGAUCCUCCUCUUCUCCUCCCCGUAGGCUGAAUGCGCACGCGCGGCAAGAGCUGCGCGCGCAUUCAGCCGGUCACAUAGGAAAGCAUUCAUAAUGCUUUCCUAUGGAUGCUGGCGUGCUCUCACUGUGAUUUUUCACAGUGAGAAGCACAUAAGCACCUCUAGCGGCUGUCAAUGAGACCCUAGCUGGACCUGGCACCCAGACCACUUCAUUAAGCUGAAGUGGUCUGGGUGCCUAGAGUGGUCCUUUAAGCCAAUGUUCUACCCAAGAAAAAGAAUAUUCAUCUAGACCAAUUUAUUUUAGUUUGUAGACUAACCUAUUAUGAGGAACCGUAUCAAAUGCCUUGGAAAAACCCAAGUAGAUCACAUCCACUGCAACACCCUGAUCUAUACUUCUACUUACUUCUUCGUAGAAUGUAAUUAGGUUAGUUUGACAUGACCCAUGUUUAAUAAAACCAUGCUGAUUAUUGCUAAUAACAAAGUUCUUCCCUGUGAAUUCCUCAAUAUUAUCCCUUAAUAGCCCUUCAAAUAUUUUCCCAGUCACAGAAGUAAAGCUCACAGGUCUAUAAUUUCCAGGCAAGGAUUUUGAACUCUUUUUAAAUAUAGGAACGACAUCUGCCUUCCUCCAAUCCUCCGGUACAAUACCUGAAACAAAAGAAUCUUGAAAGAUUAAAUACAGAGGUUCACUUAUUUCCCCACUUAUCUCCUUAAGUACUCGUGGGUGACUACCGUCAGGCCACAGAGCUUUAUUUACAUUCAUUUUCUUUAACUGAUGUAGAACCUUGUCUCGAGUUAUCCAAUCACAAGUUAUCUGCAAGUUUUUUGCAGCAAUCAUUUGCAUAUCUCUUGCCAUAGGAUCCUCAUUAAUAUAUAUUGAAGAAAAAUUGUUAUUUCAGAUUUCAGCCUUUUCCUGGUCUUCAUUAACUAACAAACCCAUCUCUGUUUCCAGUGUACCUACACUUUCAUUUUAUGUUUUAUUCUAAUUCAUGUACUUAAAAAAAAAUUUGGGGGUUGGUUUUGGAUUCUUUGGCUAUCAAUUUCUUAUUUUCUAGUUUAGCCACUUUAAUUGCCCUUUUGCAAGCAUUAUUGGCUUCCUUAUAUCUUCUAUAGGAUGCCUCUGAUUUGUCCGAUUUAAAUGCUUUAAAGGAACACUAUAGUCCCCUAAAUUACUUUAGCUUAAUAAAGCAGUUUUAGUUAAAUCACUUUGUUUCUGUUUAUGCAGCCCUAGCCACACCUCCCCUGGCUAUGAGCCUGCAUGAAAAAAAAAAAACUGGUUUCACCUUUCAAACAGAUGUAAUUUACCUUAAAUAAUUGUAUUUCAAUCUCUAAAUUGAACUUUAAUCACAUACAGGAGGCUCUUGCAGGGUCUAGCAAGCUAUUAACAUAGCAGGGGCAUAAGACAAUCUUAAUUAAACAGAACUUGCAAUUAAGAAAGCCUAAAUAGGGCUCUCUUUACAGGAAGUGUUUAUGGAAGGCUGUGCAAGUCACAUGCAGAGAGGUGUGACUAGGGUUCAUAAACAAAGGGAUUUAACUCCUAAAUGGCAGAGGAUUGAGCAGUGAGGCUGCAGGGGCAUGUUCUAUACACUAAAACUGCUUCAUUAAGCUAAAGUUGUUCAGGUGACCAUAGUGUCCCUUUAAAUUCUCUUUUCUCUUUUCUUAUUUUUAAUCUCUUGUUUUACUUCUCUACUAACCCUCAAUUUGUUUCUUUUAUAUUUAUUAUCCAAUGGUACAGACUGAGAAAUGUGCCUUUCUAAUAUUUAUUUGAAGAGUUUUCAUUUAUCCUCUCUUUCCUCCCAGCACCUACACCUCUCUCUCUCCCCAGCCCCUCUGUGUGUGUCUCUCGUGGUCCGCACAGCCGCUCUACGCGUUUUUCGUGGCCCACGCUGCCACUCUACGUGGAGUGAUUGGCACGUGGGGGAGUGCUGUGAGCUCCACUCCUGACGGUCCCACGGAUCAUGUGCCCUGGAUUUGUGCAUGUUAACGAUUAUAUCCUUUUCCAAUGUUCUUCAGUCAAAUUAGUUAAAACCUAAGAGUUCUUUUAAUUUCCAUCGAUUGAAUAAUUUUACAUUGUUGUGAUUUUUUAUUUUUCAACAACAUGCUUUUAAAACACUUGCUAACCGUUUCAAAAACCAGCUGGUGAAGACACACAAUUUUAAUUCUCAAAGUUAAUCCCUCUAAUAAACUCCGGUCUCCAGGUCACACUGUACUCCUUACUAAUUGAAGAUAAAGCUGGAGGAAUGCUGUGGACUGUGCAGGUCAUGUAAGCUGACACAGAAAAUAGAUUUAAUUUUUUUCCUCAGAUCAUAUCAAUAGAGCAUUAUUUGUGUUCAUUAAGUUCCUUGAGGUGGAAAUCUUCCAAUGAAUAACCCAAAUUAUGUAGAUAACACUGCCUGGAUAAGUUGUAAGAUGAACUGGCAUGCUUUGAGACAGAAUGUUCCUGGCGUGAUAUCCUCCUGAUGGAGGGAAGUGCACUGGUUGUGCAAGGCUUUUAUUUAUCUUUUAAGAUGAGAUACUAGAACUGAUUUAUCAUGCUUUAGUGUUCAGCUGUAAAAUCACAACCCAUGGCCUGUUAAUACAAAUUGCAUUGGGUAAAGGAAAACUAUAGUGUUAGGAAUACAAAACUAACACUAUGUAGUUCCAAAUGGAGUUAAAAAAACCUUUUUACACUUACCAGAUUCCAGCGCUGAUGUCCCUUUUUCUCUGCUGAUGUUAGCCGAUGGGGGAAGACCUAAUGCUGAUGCACGCCCAGCGCCUCACAUUCAUUAGGCCAUUCGGUCUUUCCAUGCAUAAGAUUCAGAUGUUAGUGUUGUGGGAAAUGGUGAUAGGACAGGAGAAGGUCACUCUCAGAGUGAAGGGAACGAGAAGAGGGGUAUUUGUUGAGUAAACAAGUCACUGUUGGCUUCAUCCCUUUGAUUUUGUUUGUCCUCCCUCACCCCUUUGGAAAUUCUAAUGAGUUGGGGGUGGCACUGCAUCCUGCUUAGAGACUGACACCAAAAUAUGACUUUUGUCUUUCUAGUUGUAGCAGUGUUUACAGAAAACCUGGACAGGUCGAAAGAGCACAAUAUGAUUUCAGAAACACUGAAUGCAUUUUGUACAUUUGGCAUUUGCCAUGUUUGUUCAUAUAGUAACAUUGUUCAAACCACUACCAAAACAAUCAGUGACAUUAUGUGUAUAAAAUCCAGAAGGCUUAAACACAGAAAUACUUGACAUAACUAGUCCAAUAAACUAAAGUCCAAUAAAUUCAUAUGUUCUAUAUGUCUAGAAUUAUCAUCAGGUGUUUUUCCAGAUUGAGUAUCUAUUCUAUACACUACAUUGUCUUUGUGAGAGUCAAAUAACUGGAAACCCCUUCUAAUGUCUGUAUUAAAGGAAAAUUACCAGUAAAAUGCAUUGAACCAACGCGCUUGUAGCAACCACACUCAUUUUACAUAAGUAAUUAAUUGUGUUGGAAGUAUUCCUGACUCUGCACAGCCCACUUGCUUAAUAAUGGGGCUAGUGGGCGCUAAUCUGACUUAAUUAUUAUUCCUUGCAUAUAAUGCCAAAGUACUUUAUAAUCAUCUUGGAUAAUAAUGGUUUAUUGGGCAAAUUCUGUGUCUAUUAUAAUUUUAAGCUGUAAAAGACAAUGAGAAUCUCCAGCUUUCAGAUAUGAGCUACCCGACAUGUUUCCUUUAGAAAAUCUUUUAUUUCAUUUUUUAUUUUUUUUAACCUGAUUUCUGACUUUUAUUGUGGGCUAGAUUUAGAAAACAAAUUUAUCGCAAUGAUUGGGUUCUUAUUAGACAUUGUCUUUUAAUGCUUUCACUUUAAGUGGGAUUCUGAGAAUCCCAUUUAUGCCUCAGGUAUGAUGUUGUUUGCAUGACCAAAAUGAUAACCUCUCUCUUUGUUUACCUUUUAGUUAUGAGAUUUGUGUGAUAUCUCUCUGGAAUGCUUUACAGUACUCUGCACUUUACAAAUGAGAAAUAAUAUACAUUUCAAGGGCAUCUAUAGCCAACCCCCAUUACCUUGGGUUAUGUCUUUCUUAAUCUCCUAUGAUACAUAUUAUGCUUCAAAGGUCUGAUAGCCUAUGGAUUGGAUAUUGUGGACAUUGGGCUGUGGCAGGAUGGUCCUGGUGUAGGACGUUCAUCUCUGUUUUUCAAAUAAACUAAUAAAGAAGGUGAAGUUGUACAACACCAUUUUCCAUCUAUGUUUUUAAAUCCUUAAUCUAUCUAAAAAUAAGCAAAGUGCCCUGCUACCGUUUCAUUCUGACUUACUAUUGGUUGUGAAUUUUGUUUUACACAUUUUUGGUUGGGUGAUUUUGGCAGCAUGUUACAUGAGCUUUAGAUCCCACAGUGAACUUAAUAUACAGAGUAGAUGAAAUUGGAGUAACCAGUAGGAACCAUGAGUGACCUUGGCUAUCAAGAUGUUGUGUGUGUUCGUGUGUGUGUUCGUGUUCCAACCAUUUUAUUUCUUACAUGUUGCAGAGGUACACAAGAAUAGAAAUGGUUAAACAGUAUAUACCUGUUGCAGAACUGUGAUAUUUACACUAGUUUGCACAUCCGAAUGCUGAUCAUCCUUCUUGGCUGUCCUGGUACUAACAUAACUGGAGAUAUAAUGCUUGACUUAAAAAGCAAACAGAAAAUAGUGUAAGCAAAUUAAGGUCGCAGAUUCACUUUUCACUUGGUCAUUUUAUCUAAAAUCUAGUGUCUGCAGUAAUGUAAUCAAUACUUGAUGCCAAAGUAUCACAUAGCAUUGACAUGAUACUAGAUUGCUGACGCUGGUAUUAACAUGAUCCUUUACUCCAAAUCAGAAUAUAAUAUUUUGUGAAAAUGAUGCCAACCAUCCAAUAUGUGAACAUGUUCACUGCUAAGCCUCUAAGAUGAAACGGUUAUUCAUUUUGACAUAAUCUGCACCCUCAUGCUUUAAAUGUGACUGUUAAUCACCUGCAAGCUUAUGUUACAUUUGGUUCAAUUUCUUGGCAGAGUUCUGUGCCAGAGGCACCGAAUGAUGUGGAGGCCUCAAGAACCAGUGUAUCUACAGUUGUGGAGAAUGGACACCAAUCUCUGUCUGGUAAGAGGAUAUUUUGUGCGUGUAUAAAUAUUUUUUUCUGUAAUAUGCAUAUUAUAUAUUUAUUACACCAUGGGGGUCUGCAAAUGUUCAAACAAAAAAAGUCUAGAUGAAAUUAAAAAAAAAUCCUUGUAUGGAAAAAUAAAAUCAGGAUAGCCAAUUUAGUUACCUUAUAUGGGCAUAAAUAGAAAGUAUCCUGUGUUUGACAAAAAAAAAAAAAUUCUGUUUUUUUAUUUAUUUCUUUUUUCUUGUGUUUCUUUUGAUUGGUAUGUCUAUAAUUAUGAGUUGUGUAAGAAACCUUCUCAUGAAAUACUGUGUGAACAAAGACUGAUCACAUGCAAUGCUUGGCCCAAAGAUAGGCUGAUCACAUAAAUGAAUUCUCACUAAAAUGAUGGCAUUAUAACUUUCAGUAUUAUAAUUUUUUUUUUUUCCCUAGACAAAGUGAAAAUUUCCCCAGAUCCAGUUUCUGUGGCUCCCAUGCCCUCUGCCCAGGAACAUUUUCCAGCACUAUCUGUGAGGAAGCCACAUAUGCCUGUCACUGCUAUAACAAAAGUGAUAGCAGAGUCCCAACCUGGCACAACCAAUGGCAAUAGCCACCAGCCUGCACAUGAUGUCAAAAGUCCACAUGAGAUGUCACCUAAGCCGAGCAGCACUCAAGGUUAGCAUCCAAUGACAGCUGUAUGUGUGUUACAUGCACAGAGAAUCUGUAUACUUAAAAUAGAAUCUUCGCCUCUUCAAGUGGAAAUCCAUGACUGAUAAAUCCAUUCUUUGCAAGGGUACAUCAGAAAAUAAUGCGUCCUUAGAUAAUAUAUUAUAUCUGGGCCUCGAUUAUAUUAUUUUUGGAUAUGCUUUUAAAAUAUAUUUUUUUCAAAAUGUAAAAUAUGAAAAUGAUAAAUAUGAAAAUAUUUUUCAAAAUAUCACUUUAAAAAUGUAUCAAUAAAGAAACACUAUAGUAUCCUUUAAAGAUGCAUGUAUUCCUAACACUAUGCAGCACAAAUUGCUGUUCCCGACUCUCCUCUACUUGGAGAUUAAAGGUCAUUUUACUAACUGUUUCCUAUGCCUCGCUGGUCUUGCCGCAGCUGGCUUCGCCUGGUGCCACCUUUGUGGCUGAGAUACUCAAUCUUGAUGAUCUCAGCCAAUGUAAUACUUCCAAAAGGAAAACACUGAGAGACUAUUGCGCAUGUGCGGCAAAAUGCAGCACUGUGCCAAUCAGAAUCUCCUCAUAGAUAUGCAUUGAAUCAAUGCAUCUCUAUGGGGAAUAUUCAGCACCUCCAUGCACAGUGCGGAUACAUUGAAUGCCAGCACUGACACAGGAAGCACCUCUAGUGGCCGUCUGAGUGACUGAGUGGACAGGCUAUAGACACCAGAACCACUACAUUAUGCUGUAGCGGUUCUGGUGACUAUAGUGUCUCUUUAAAUUACUAUACACAUAAAUUCUUGCAAUCCGUGAUAUUAUUCUCAGUAUUCUGUUAGUUUAUAGCCCUAAAUCUUUUAGAACUACUUCUUCUCAGAGCUGUUUUUCCAUUUAAUAAGAUAUUUGUACACCCUGUAUAACAAGGGAACUGCCUACAGUAAAAUUGGGUGAAAAUUAGAUUUUGAAUAAACUAACCAAAUAUUUUUAAUAAUAUAAACUUCUCAAGUGGUGUUUUGGCCUAAACCAGGCGGUAGGGCAGUUUGCUACAGUUUUUUAGAAUGCAGUUGUUUUUUGAGCUAAUCUUGACUAUAGAAUGCAGGGUGAUUGAUUGCAUGUCAAAAUAGGUUUAUUAGUGUGAACAUUUAGUUGUGUGCUGAGUGAAUCGCUGUGCUAAGUGACAUUUAUCCAAUCAAACAUUCUUAAACUAACUUCACAGGAGUUUAUUCCAUUUCAUUAGAAAUAGUUAUUACAUCUGGCGCUGAGAAAGAAUGUUCAAAAUUCCUUUAUCUGCCCCCCUGUUUCCACUGGUACAGUCUUGCACGUCUCUGCCUCCUAUAAAAGCAUGUGCUGGUCUGAUGACAUCAUUAUAAAUACAUUCAGGGGACCUGGUUACUGUAAAGAUGAAGUUUAUAUACAUUGCAUUAAGCAUUUAAACACUUUUGUUUGUAUCUAUCUCUGUGUUUUCUUUGUACGUCUGCUAGGUGCUGUCAGAACCUGGAAUGCCAGUGUUGCCAGAACAAUGGGUGUUUCAACCAGCACGGGUGAGAUGAUCUUUGUGUUGCGUAUCCUGCUGCAAGGCAAAAGAUUAUUAAAACAUGGAUGUAGCUAUCAUAGUAAGCUUGUUGGCUCAUUGAUGAUAACACUAGACCACAGGCAUCCCCUUACUAACAGAUAAACCUCAUCGUCUCGGAAAUGAAAUGUGCUAACUUGGAGUUGUUCAAUAUUAAAGGGACACUCCACUGCCCAAAAAUAUAAAAUAUAUCUCUGUUUAGUAGAUAUAUCCCCAAUGAAAAUACACAUGCAUUUAAUUCUACAUUUUGAGUGUAUAUUUUAAAAAAAAAACUUGCAAAAGCUGCAGAUCUCUUGUCUGCAGCCUUUACAAGCCCUCCCCUUCUAGCCCCGCCUAGACUUUCUGUGGCUGUCCAAUCACAGACUUCCCAAUGCAGCUCAAUGGGAACUCUUUGCAAGGCAGGUGCUCUGAGAAAACCACAAACAACUAACUGGAUAGGUUGUCUGAUUGCCAGGAAAGUCAACUUAUAAAAGGGCCAUUUUCUAUUGAAAUACUGAAAUUCGAUUUUUAAUAAAAAUGAAAAAAGAGGACUCACUCUUCACACAUAAAGCACUUCAGCAUGCUGAAAUGCUUUAGGGGUCUGGAGUGUUUCUUUUUUUUAAUCUAGUAUGUAUCAUCUACUUGAGUCUAAAUGAGGAUCUAAUGAGUCCAUAAAUUCUUUACAGGUUGGGCAGACAGAGUUCUCAACUUAUAUUUCAAAUUGUGUAUGUGCCUCCAACCGAUUAUUACAUAUAUUAAGAUAUUUAUAUACAUAAAUAUAUGAAAUAACUAUAUAUGUAAUAACAUCAACUCCUAUGAAAGAAGUGUGAAAAGUUUAUGGUCACCUUACAUGUUAUAUUAAUCAGCCUGGCUGCCUUCACUUCACGUUGGAGCACUAUGGUUUUAUGUAUGUUAUACUGUAUCUGUAUAUGAGGUAUAUAUAUAAAAUAAUGUAUUUUUAUUUUAUGAAUUGCACUUACUAAUAUAUAAAUUAUUUACCCUAAGGAUAAUUUUAUAAAUGCAACACGUUUUAAUAUAGAUUAAAAUAAUUGAUCCCUUUAUAAAGUGGCUGUCAACUUGCUCUCCAGACUUCCUGCAAUCUUGGUAGUACUAUGCGUGUGAUUGGAUAUGUAUGUAAAUGCUCCAAAAACAUUUUGUAUUUUUCCGUCUCCCGUAGAAAAGAGCAUAUUGGCUUCAAAAUCCUCCCAGAGCUACAGUGUGUCAAGUUCUUCAGUGAUUAGUGAAAGGUACUAAAAUCACUAUUUAUGUGUGAAUCGUGUUAUAAAUAUCAUCUGUAAACUAAUGUUCUAGUUUUUCUGUGCACUCUACAUGUAAAAGAUAUUCGAUUUCUUGAAGUGUUUAAAAUUUACCAUGUGUAAGUUUUUCCGCGCUCUUCCUGUAACAGUUUGCAGUAGGUAAAAAUUGAACUAUCCCUAAAAAUGUGACAUAUCUGUUUUAACGCUUUGAUUAUUAGUUCUAAUUACACAUACUUCUAAAAUGCUUUGUGACAGAGCCUGCCCUGAUCACGUGUUAACUAGUGCAAGAACCUAAAGUAUAGCUACACCACUGUUUUACUACUGAAAAUGUGUGAUUUAUGUGGGAAAAGCAAGUCUGGCUUGACUGGUGUCUAGAACUGUGUUUAAUGUAGAACUGUGUUUGACUAUCCACUGACUUCAGGAGUUUUCAAUCACUAUUUUUCCCCACCAUAACUUUCUUGGUUUGUGCUCCGCAAGUAACGCCAAGCCUCCGUAGCAAGCCAGUAACCAACCUCAUGCUGAUGAGUUGCAUUAACAAUGAAACAGCUGUCCAUGGGACAUUCACUGGCUUGGUAUCUUUUCCUGAAAUGUGUUUCGAAGCUGUUGUGUAUAGCAAACAUAAACUUCAAGGAAUCCAUGUUUAAAAUGGAAUAAUGAGGAAAAAACUGUGAUUCUUAGCUGUGUAAUUUGCAUAUGCCCAACCAAAAUCCUUUGCAGUAGUAACAUCACUGCAAAUAUGUGAUUUUCUAUGGGGAAAGCAAGUCAUAUGGCUUGACUGGUGUGCAGAUCUAUGUUUAACAAUGGUACUGACUAAAAAUAAAAUAGUACGCACAUCAAGAACUAUAGGGAGGCAUUUUCAUUUCAUUUGAGCUGGGAGGGCUCAAAUGAAAGAGGGGAAGGUAUGCUCUCAGCUGAUAACUCUGUAUGUCCCGCAUAUCAAGCAGAAAUGCUGCACAUACAAACGCCUACCACCAUCACCACUUCUAAAAGCUGAAGUGGUCAUGGCAGUUUAAGUAAAUCUUAAAAGAACACUCUGGGCACCAUAACAACUUCUUAAUGAAGCUGUUUUAGUUCCAGGAGGUCUCUGGUGCCAUCUUAACUUAAGCUGUUCCUUAAGGUAAGCCCCUGCCCAUGAUCUCCUUCAUUAAGUUGUAUUGGUGCCUGGAGUGUCCCUUUUAAAUAAGGUUCUAACCAGAUAUCUGCUUCAGGCUCAAUGAAAUGCAUGUGGCUUAAUCCCAGAAUGCAGUGCAGUAGUACACACUAUGCUACAGUUUUCAAAAUCAAACAAAACAUUAUCUGUAGGUUUCAAAGCAAUUGGCUAGCUCAAUGUAUAGAUUACAUUUUAUUGUCUAUAAAGUGCCACUGUGUCAUAAAACAGAACAAGCAAACAACAUAAUUAGAGGAAGUCUGGGACAUGCUGUUAAGUAUUGUGUAAAUAUUACAUGUAAAUGAUUUAUGAGACACUCCUUAACUGAGCAGUUUGCUUUUUCUUGUCACUUCACUGAGCAGUACCGGUUAUGCAUCUUAGAGUCCCUUUAAGAUGAUGCUAUUUAAGAUGACAUAAAGAAUGUGCUAUACAAGUAGCAUAAUAGGGUCUAGGCAAUAGACAUGUGCAUUUGUUUUCGUACAAAUACGAUUUUGUCCGAAAAUUCGAGUUUUUUUCGUAUUCAGUUACUAAAACGUAAACGAAAGCCCUACAAACGAAAUAUAAACGAAACGAUAGGGCAAAUGCCGAAUGCAUUACCUUUUCAUUUCGUUUUGUUCGUUUAAUAGACUCCGUGCUGCAGGGGAAUUAACCCCCACAGCACGGGAAAUAACAGUGCACAUGCGUGUAAAAAAAAAAAAAACAAGGAGGGAGACGGCAGCGCUACCAGCUCCCUCCUUGUAAUAAAUAAAUCCCCCCCCAACCCUGUAUUAAAACCUAUGGGGGUCACUAUGAUCCCAUAUUAAUAAAAGGGAGGUUAAAUCCUCCCACAUGCUAAUGGCUGCUCGCUGUCAUUUAAAACUACUAGUGACUGGGCAGGUUCUCCAAUGGUGGGGAACACACAUAACUAAAAUGGGGGGCACCCGCGGGUGGUGGCUAUUAAUAUAAACGGGGUACCUAAUGUCCCGCCUGGUCCCCAUCCAUGAGUGGCGGGUGGGGACCCUAAAUAAAUAAUGGGGGCACCUAAUGUCCCCACCCAUGAGCGGCAGAUGGGGACCUUAAUAAACUAAAGGGGAGACUUAAUGUCCCCCCCAGGUUCCCACCCAUGAGCGGCAGGUGGGGAUCCUAAUGAAAUAAAUAAUGGGACAGACCUAAUGUCCCCCCAAGGUCUCCAGCAAUGACCGGUGGGUGGGGAUCACAAAUAAUAAAGUGACUAGGGAUCCCCAAGCCCCUUGUCACCCCCCUCCCCAAUAAAAAUACCUUCCCUACCUCCCUCGCCACGAUAAUGAGGAGGGGGCAAUAAAGUAAACCUGUAAAAUAAAAUUUCAUAUUUGCCAUUUGAUGUCUUCGUUUUUUUGUUCAGCCCAAAAAAAGGCCAAAUAAAAAACCGUAACACCCGUCGCACUUUGAAAAAAAAAAAAUUAAAAAACCAGAGCGCAAAAAAAAAAAUAAGACCAAAAAAAAAUAUCCAUCUUCACCCAUGGAGGACACGGAGCAGAAUGAGCUCUGCAGGGAGGGGAAAGGCCAACCAAUCAGAGUGCUCUGACAGGUAAGUAAAGAGACUGACAGGUAAGUCUCUACAUUUACCUGUCACAGCACUCUUAUUGGUUGGCUUCAGAUCCAACCAAUCAGAGUGCUUUGUCAUUUUACACAGCAUGUGAAAGUUCUUUGGAAUUUUCCCAUGCUGUGUAAUUUGACUUAUAACACUGUGAUUGGUUGCUUUCAAAAAAGAAAAUUAAGUAGGGGCAUGCGUGAGGAUUUAACCCCUAUAGAUUUUAAUGUGGGGGGGGGAUAUUUUUUUAUUACAAGGAGGGUUUUUUUGCAUGCGCAGUGCUGUUUUCAUCCUAAUGGACGAAAACAAAUGAUUUUUUAACGAAUUCCGUUCAAAAACAAAUGGUUUGCAGACGGAAUUCGUGUACAUGUUUAUUUAGUACGAAAUCAUUCUCUGGUGCACAUGUCUACUAGUCAGGUAGCUUAAGCUACACACAUGGAAGAUUAAACGCUCAAACUCCCAUUACUCCUGGGAAGCAGCAGUGACUAUAGUACUCAUCAGCCCCAAUGCAUAGAAUAAAAAACAAAAUGGGUUUUUAGCUCAAAUGAAACUAUUAAUCUCAUAAUUUUAAUACACAUUUAUCAAUUCUAGAACAACUUUACACGUUGCUUAAUGUAAAGUGUUUAAGUGACAGGGUCACUUCAAACCUGUGAGAAACUUGGCGUAGGGGAAUAAGCAAUAAUUUGCUGACCUGUGACCACAAGUGUGUGACAAACCCCUGAGAAUCUUGUUUUUCUAGAUUCCUGUCUAACUAUAAAGGUUUCCGUUCCUGAAGACCGCAAUCACCAAAAAUCAUAAAGAAAAUUGCAUUAUAUGCUCAACCACAAAAAAUAAAUAGCAAUGGAACAAAACAAACUCCCCCACCCUCAAACCAGCUUUUCUAGAUAUUUAAAAUUUCUGUGCGUUUUCCACCCUGCCACCAUUUUGUAGUAGAUCACAUGAUCAGGAGUGAUUGAUUGCUUGGCCUGAAGUUAAGGAUACGUCAUGCUGAGAGGGAAAGAUGUACAGUGUGUGCACAAGUGAUUUAUACAAUUGUCUGUACAUGUCCUACAUUUCACAGAAGCAGAUGAACAAUAUAUCACAAUGACAGUCAUUACACAGAGGGACAUUUAUUUUAAGAUGUAUUUUCUGAAUAUAAUAAGCCAUUUCAUUAUAAACCUUUAGGGCACAUAUUUUGUUUUAAAUUUAUUUAUUUUUAAUAAAAUUACUUCUUUUCUGGCCUUUGCAAUUCUAAAGUUGCCUUCUGUAUAGGUCAGUUUGGCGUCUUAGGUUUGCAAAUUUGCCAACCCCUAGGUCACUUAAAUGAGCUAUUUUGGGUAUUUAAGUGGUGAUUUUCCUGUUAGAUGGUUUGUCUGUCCAGGAGUUUAUUCCCACAAAUCUCAAGCGGAAAUACCUGACAGUGGUGCAUUAAUAAGAUUAAAGGGGGAUUUUAGUUUCCAUGGCUUUUUUAAGAAAUACCUCAAGCACCAUAACCACGAAAGCCUGCUGUAGUGGUUAUAGUGCAAUUGUGCCCUGACAUCAUCACUCAGAAAGUUAUCAAACCACUGUAGCUUAGAACAACUUGCCUGAUUUACAACAGGUGCCUUGGCUGCAGCCUUUUCGUCCAGUCUUCUACUAUGGGAAAGUCAGGCACUCAUUGCUCCAGUAGUUCUAACCCAAAAAAAAAUAAAAAAUAAAUAAAGAUACAUAAUGGGGAAGCAACUAUUAUGUCAAAAUAAUGCAACAGUCUCUAGGUAGAAAUAUAGGUUUAUGGGUUAUUUCACUAACCUGCAAACUGCAACAAAUGAAUAUCUGAAUUGUAUAGCGUAGGCUAAAAUAGUCUAGCUAUGACUGUAGCUGAGCCAUAGAAUGUUCCAGUUAAAGGUUUUUCACCUGAAGAAUGCCUUUCACAAUACAUUUUGCUAUAAUUUGGAAUUUGGCACAUAAGUGAACUCUGUCGGUGUUGAUAUACUAUUCACACUGCACAAGGUAUGUUUGCAAACCAGAGAAAAAUAUUUAGGGUAUAUUCACUAAAUGAUCAGUUGUGGUGAAUUGCAAAAUUAAAGCUACAAUAGAUUUUAAUUUUUUUUCACAAAUUGGCUCUCUUGGCCUAAAUUUUUAAAUUAAGUUUUUUUGUUUUUUUAUCAUUCAGCCCAAGUUUCUUUGUUUCUUUCCUUCUUCGUUAAACAUUUUUUUUACGAUUGUUAUUAAUGUUACAUGGAUCAUCCAUUUGGCCACUUCAUCUACGGCUAGUAAUAAUAAUAGUGUUAUGCACAGAUCAUUUCCUGGUACCGUUCCCAAUUAUUUGUAAUUUCUGUAGUAUGUCAAAUAGUGUUUAAGUGACAGAGCUAUGGGGCCCUAGAGAAAUGCCCCUAGCUCUGAUUUUCUUUUCCAUUAUUAAGCUUUUAUUCUGUGUUUAGCUUUCUUACAGGAAUUUUAAAAAUAGAAAAGCACGGCUGUCAGUCUGUCAUUUUUACCUACAUAAAAAUGCAAUUAUUUCAGUGGUAUUUUCCUCUCAGUAAUGGAAGUUAAACUACAUCAACUCAAAAACAUUCGAACAUUCCACUAGAACCCAAUGUAAAUCCCUCAAUGCUAGCCAUUAUCGAGGACCAAAGAUGCCACUUUUAAAACAAAUUUUCAUGAAGCACUUCAUUUUUCCACAACUCGCAAAAUUUCCUGGGGUAUAUUUUUUUCCUUUGAUUUGAAAAAAGGGGCAAGAUUUGUUAAUGAUUAACACAAGAUUCACCGUCCCUUGCAUCUUUAGACCUCAACAAAGGUUGUAAAACACAUUGAAAACCUGCUGGGAAUGCUGGUACGGCGAAAAUCCCUAAAGAUAAGCUGCUAAAGAAACUAUGCAUUGAUAUUAAAGGAACACUAAAGGGUCAGGAACACAAACAUUUAUUCAUGACUCUAUAGUGUUUAACCCAUCAUUUAGGUGGCUUGCCCCCCCCACCCCCUUAGCACCUCUAUAAAAUUUUAAAAGUCACCUUAUUUCAAGCGCCGUGCGGGUUUGCUGGCGCUGGCUCCGCCCCUUUGUGACAUAAUCAAACUACAUUAAGCUGUAGUUGUUCUGGUGACUAUAGUGUCCCUUUAAUAGGGGCUAAAUCGAAGAAAUCUGUUCAGCAAGGCAGAUUUAAUAUACUGAUAAGUGAUGUGGUCCAUAUACAACAGAGCAUUUUUUUUCGGUACUGCAGAAAGUGAGGAAAUAAAAUGGUGAAACAAUAGAAACGGGAGGAAAGGUAGUGCAGUAGAGCAUAGAGAGGAAAACGUAGGACAUAACUCAAGUUAUGAGUAACAAGUAUUAGUGCAAAUAAAAGUAUUGGGUAUGAUUUUUGUAGUAAUGCAAAUACAACUAAUGUUUUUUUUACCGAUAGAAUCGUUGAAUACAAUAUAACUUUCAUUCCAUUUUGCUAGACAAGUAUUUCAGAUUAAUUUGAAUUUAGAUGGGGUAGGAAGAAUCAUUUCCCAUAAACACGGACAUGUAAACUUGAAGUAAGCCUUCUUUAUUUCCGUUUUUAGUACCGACAGAUAUUUCGAUGUCACUCCCAAAUCUCAGUCUCCUCCACCUGCAGUGAGUCGCCAAGCUGAAAAGAAGCGGGAGUUGGUGAGGUCCCAGACUCUUCCACGGUCCUCGGGCACGCAAGCUCGCAAAGCUUUCUUUGAGAAAUUCGACAAUGACAGCUCCAAGUAAGACACAUUUUGCUUCCUUACCUAUUGUAAGUUUGGAAAGGUACUAAUCAACUCCACUCUGAAUUUACUCUGAUGCCCCUGCUGCUCGGAACAUGUUUCUAGUAAAAAUCAUGCAAGUGCCAUUUUCAAAAAUCUUUUUUUUACUUACGUUAUUCACAUAGUUGGGGGAAAAAAAGGUAUGAAACUCUAACAUAAGAAAAGAAUUGUUCUUUGGAAUUAUCUGUAGCAGUAGUUCUUAAAUAGAAAUCUAGGUUGCUGUAUUAUAUAGCAUGGGUGUUGAAGUGUGCCCCAACACCUGCAUAUGACGUUAACAUUUUAGCAUUUUACCAUACGAGUGUAUAUCCUUCCUUCUUUGCCAUGUGGAUUGGUCUAUAGAAGCAGUGUUAUGAGAGCAUUGCAUAAUACUUAAUAAUUAUAUUUAUGUAGGUGCUUUUAUGAGGCUUGGGGAAAUGCAUGAAAAUGCAUAUCUACUUCAUGUUUAUCCGCGUAAAAUGUAAUUGGAUGUAACUGGCAAUUAUUUGUUUAAUUUUUAUAGAAGGAAUUGCAGUGUUUACUUCCAUUGUCUAGGGGAACGCUACGUCUAUAAAGUGUAAAUUUCAGGUGUUUUACAAUUGUCAUUUUCUUUUUUUCCCAUGAUCGGUUUUAUGAGCAAUAGAUGAUGAAUAAUAGCAAAUAAUGAAUCAAAUUUUGCUUUUACACCAUUUACAAACAAGAAAAUACAGGAGUGAUAAUUAUUCACUAAAGUAAAAGGUGUGAGUUUAAGAUAUAAUUUUGAUCUAUGCAUUGUGCAAACAUAUAGAGCAAUAUAUAUAUAUAUAUAUAUUUUUUUUUUUUAUUUUUUUUUGUGAACAGAUGCCUAUCUGGACAUAAAGGUUUAUUACAGCAUGAAGCACUAAAAAACAAUAACUGUACAUUCUUGCAAGGAUCUUAUAUUAACCGUUGAGUGUAGAAAAGCUCGUAAAGGGAAGAAGUCAGACUUAUAGUCUUCAAUGAAGAAUUACUCUGCUGGAACCAUUAAAUUAUUAUUUUCAGUUGAGCUGAAGGUGCACACAUGUAUAGCAAUAUGUUACAUUACCCCCUAUGAUCCUGCAAUUAAUAUUGACAUUUUGUGUAAGUGGGAUGUAAACCUUCUACUUACACAGGACGAGAUUCACAUCAGGAGAACCUAAAAGCACAGAACUCUCAGGGCUCCCCCACCAGAAAAAGACACCUUGAUUAUUUACUGUAAAUGUGAUAACUAUAUAUAGUAUACACAGGCAAGCACAUACAUAUAGAGUGUGUAUUUGUAACAGUGUGGGUAAGCUUAUGAUUCCUUCAAUUGUUUUGUUUUUCUCUAGGACUUGUUUUCUUUUGUUUAUUUAGUUCACUAGUCAUUGAGAUUAUAUAUGAAAUAUAUCUACCUCUGACUUGUGCAAGACUGAGUAAUGUAUUCCCAGAAACUACCAAGUAGUACCGACUAUCUCUAAACUUCCUGUAAGUGAGUUUGCAAAGGAGCCUUUCAAAUCGGUUAGCAGGUAGUUUUAUUCAUGAAAACCAGACUUCAAUAGAGCCACUUGGCACCUUGAUGUGAACUGCGAGGCUUAGUACUCGCUAGUAAGUUUUAGAAAGCAUUCUGUUCAUGUUAUUUCAUGCUGGUGAUGUUAAUUAGUGCAAUGGCCACCUCAAACUUGUUUCAAUUGUUUUAUUGUUACGAUUCACUUGACCAUCUUUAAAUGUCACACACGUUAUCUGAAUCACAGAGGACAAGAACAGUAAUAGAGGUAUUUGCACGUAGAUGUUCAACUGCAUUUUAGAUAGUAAGAGAAGUAACCAGUAACAAAUUACGGUAUGUGUGAGUUCCAAGGAUCUAAAAAAAGACCAGUUAAAGGGACACUAUAGUCAGCAGAACAACUACAGCUUAAUGUAUUUGUUCUGGUGAGUAUAGUCAGUCCAUGUAGGCUUUUUGCUGUAAACACUGUCUUUUCAGAGAAAAUUCAGUUUUUACAUUACGUCCUAGGAAUAGCUCCACUGGCCACUUCUCAUAUGGCUCCUAAAGGUGCAGUGCAGCACUGACAUUCAGUGUCUCUACCCUCUUAACUUUCCUCAUGAGAAGAUGCUGAUUGGCCAGGGUUGUGUUUAGUUUGUGCUGGCUCCGCUCCUGAUCUGCCUCCCUCACAAUCUCAAAACUCGAACAAGUGUUCCGCUCGCCUUAAGCACAACUCCAAGCCCCCUCCCCCGCCAUAUCAAGGUGACUACCCAACCAGGGGCGUACCUGGAGCAUUUGACACCCAGGGCGGAUCCUAUAUUUGGCACCCCCCACUUUAAAACAUUUGCAGGUGUUUUUUACAUUUUAAUGUAUUUAGCACUGAGCAGUGUUUGUAUAUUUUUAAUGCAAGCAUAUUUUUGCAUGGAGUUUGUGUGAGUGAAUAUACGGGUGUGUUUGCACGUAUUGGCAUUUGAAUGCAGGCGUGCAUUUUUCUGUAGUGUGGUUUAUGACUAUGGUGGUGUCUUUUUAUGUAGUGUUGACAUUUGCAGGGUUGUAGUUGUGUGUAGUGUAGGCAAAAUGCUGAGAUAUAUGCACAUCUACUCACAGAUACACAGACACAUAGGUACACACAUGCCGUUACAUAGAAACACAGUCAUACACAGAUACAGACAAAUACUGACACACAUACAGACACACAGACACAUAUACACAGGCACACAAACAGGUACACAUACAGAUACACAGACAUACUGAUACACAUGUAUAAGUGUGUGUAUAGUGAUGCAGUGUGUAUCUAUAGUCUACGCAGUGUAUGCAACUUAUAUAGUGUAUGCAGCGUGUGUGUCUUGUGUGGAAUAAGUGCGGGGAAGGUAAUCAGCACUUAUUCCCCUUCUCCCCCCCCGCCCCUUCCUGACACUUACCUGUCCAACCCGUCCUCCUCGAAUCUUACCUGGCUUUCUCCCCCUCCACUCUUAUCUGCGUCCAGGGAGGGGACACACACUACGUUUCCUGCUUGGUCCUGUGGCACAGCAUAGAUGGGCAGUGAAGUGGGGCCCAGAACUCUCCACACUCGUUUCCCAUCCAACAGCAGCAGCAGCAGGUCCUCUGUUCUUGCGAUAAGUGAGACUGUUGCUGCGGGUUGCUAUGGCAACGCUCUCUCUCGGAUUGCAAGAACAGAGGACCUGCUGCUGCUGGAUGGGAAACGAGCGUAGAUACUCUCGUAAGCAGCCGGACCCUUUACAUAAGACGCAGGGGCAAAAUGCGCCCCUGUGAAAGUGCUCCCGUGGCACCCAGGGCGGACCGCCCCUGCCACUCCCCCCCUUAGUACGCCACUGUACCUAACAACUGGCCUCGGGCAAUGCAUCAAAACUGUUGAUCGUAAAAUAAGGACAGUUGAUAUGGGUUUGUGAGUAGGCCGAGUACCUGUGGUAUAACUAUCAUUUCGAUUAACUGCACUCAUUCUACGUGAUCGGCUGAGUUGUAGGUAGGGUUAAAAUAUGAACCCACAAAAGUUUAUGGCAUUAAAAAUGACCUAGACCAGAAGAAGAAUCUCCUAGAGUUAUGCUAGGUUAUGCCUAGUAAUUGUCAUUUUUUUUGGAAGGGCAUAAUUUGAAAAUAUAAAUAUAUUUAAAUUCCUGGCUAUUGUGUCCCUUUAAAUGAAUCCCUAACCUGUAUUUUGGCAACGAUUGCAUUUAUUUACAACCUCAAUAUACAAGCAAAUGAAAUCAUUAACCAGUACAGAUGAUAAAGACUGAUAGUAGAACAAAUCAUUUUAGCCAUCUGGAAUUUUGCCUGUGGGUGGCCUAUUUUUCCUGGCAGAGAUUCUGUAAACUCUACAUAUUCUCACAUAUCUUUACAUUGCCUGUUAACUAGCUACAUCAUUUUAAACCUAAAAACAUAUUAUUAGUCUGCAUUCUAUCAUGUCACGUUUAACCCCUUAAGGACCGAACUUCUGGAAUAAAAGGGAAUCCUGACAUGUCACACAUGUCAUGUGUCCUUAAGGGGUUCAAUUUAAUGUUUUCUGGACAUUCUCUGAAUAGCUUGCUCUAUUACAUGUUCUACUUUUGUCUCUGUAGCUGCAUCCAGUAGUGCUAGAAAAUCUUAUAAACUUAAACAAGUGUAAUGCUACACCUUAUAGACCUUGUUUAAUUUCAGAUAUUAUUAAUAAUAAUAAUGUGUUAGGAAGUACCACAUUACAGUUAGGGCUUUAUUCAGUAAACUUAAAAUUAUGAAGAUUCACAAGAAAAUUGUGUCAGAAUAGCCAAAAUGGAAAACCAAAAAUUUCCAGUUCAGCUAUCUGUCCGCUUGUGCUUUUUUAAACAAUUGUAAAUUUGUAAUAAUCGACAAAUCCUGGUUUAGUGAAUAACCCCACAUAUUAUUAUUAUUAUUAUUAUUAUUAUUAUUCAUUACACCCAUGUUUUGAUAUAAAAGACGGAUGUACCAACCCUAUGGAAUCUAACAGUUACUCCUACACCUAUGGGCCAGCAAGACUGGCGACAACACCCACGCGAUCCCAAGGUCUAACCUUAAUUUCCCUCAUAAAUGAGUACAUACUCUUCAGACACAUACAGCUCUAAGACUAUGAUGUACAGUAGAUCAUACUAAAUUACUUGCGCGCCUAGACAAUACUACUGGGACCUACGUCCCCAACAUGGCUUCUUGAUCCAAGCCAUACUAUCACUGACCGGGUCACUCAGACUAGUUGAAGGCAUUCUACAUGUUAUACCCAUAAGGUGACGACUCCUGCAUGCUCUGCUAAAAGCAUUAUACACGGUUUAAUGGCAAGGAUGAUUCCUUAAAACAAGCUUGAUAAGAUUGUUAACCAUGUUUACGUGAGACCUCCGUAUCUCUCACGUUACCUACUAAUCGUACUGUUGUUAACGAUCUGAUGACACGAAUAAAGCUUUUUGAAACGUAAAUCAGUGACUAAUGUACAAAUUAGCCUUUUUUGGGCCUUCAAAGCAAAUUUAUCAUCCCAGGUGUAAUAGGUAUGGAAGUCAGUCUCUGGUCAUAGUUAACGUUAACUCACAUAAUGGAGGGGGAUUUAGGGAGUAUGCAUAACUAAAUACUGCUAGGAUGUCACAUUACCUUUACUCAUACUUACAAUACACAUUCAACCCCCUCAUUCCUUCACUGGUACUGCCACAUGUUCUGGUUAUAGCAUAUUAAUGCAGGAAAAGGAGAUAUCAGGCCUUUGUGCUAUUUUAACACCUCUUACAACUAAAAAGGCACUAUUUUGUGGGUAUUGUUGGCUCGAUAUUGUGUUCUUUUAUUUCCAGUGCUGUUUUGGUUAUGAUCUGGUGAGCUUCUCAUUUACCCAGUCUUCUGGUUUCCCCGACUCAAUGUGCCAGUUUGGUUUAGUGAGUGUCUGGUUUCCUUGACAUUGGCUUCUACUUUAACAUGAACACCUGUUCAGAGAGUCUUUGUUUCAACCAAUUUGGGUUUUGUGUUGAGCCUGGCCGUACUAAGAACUCGUUCUAUGUCCAAGUUGAAUCCUAUUGUAUCCCGACCUAGGGAAGAAGAAAAAAAAAGUUCCGGUGCAAGAUGAUGGGCGAUGCUAUGCAUACGGAGAUUUGUGGCGGAUCUUCUAGUACCAUUCCCUGAUGCACCUGCAAGAUUUGUUUUGGAAGAUACCUGGUGUUUUUAAUUGUUUUGCAGGAUUAUUUAAAUCACAGCCUAAAAGCCUUUUAUAUGCAUUAUAAAAUGUAAAUUGCGUUUUUGUUUUUUUUCUUUACUUGUACCUGCGGAAUUAAUUUCCUUCGUUUUAUGUGGCUUGUUAUUGAAACCAUACAACAACCAGUAAAAUUUAAGUGGAUCUAAACUUGCAUGCAUUUGUUUUUUUUUUUGUUUUUUUUUUUAAUUCUCUUGUUCUGUUUCUACUUUUACACUGCACGCAAACACCAGUCAUAUUUUAUUUUUCUUUCUAAAGAGAAUAGAAAAAUAUCUGCAAAGGUUUUAGCUGAAAUUCUUACAUUGCAAGAGCUGCCUGGAUGUGGACAUUUAAAAACUGUACGAAUGAGCCAAAUCUUACUAAAAAGUGAGUUUUGACCUUAAAAGACAUCUUACAUGUCUGCAGAGAGAGUUUAUUUUCCCCUCAGGUCGUGCUACAUACUGUUAAAGUCUUCGAGAACACAUAAACCAUGCAACAGAUAUCCAGAGAACACACACACUCAUCAACGUCACCAUUAUUACACUGUUUAUGUUGAUUUACUGUACAUUUCAAAGCAUUCAGUUUUAACCCAUGAUCGUAGCUGAUAUUAAUCUUUUGGGGCAUACCUUUCUGCCCUUCUUUCCUUUCCUGGGAUACCUCUGUUCUUGAAGAUCAGAAUGUUUUGUGUUAUUACGGAGCGGUGCCAUUGUAUACGGUGUACAGAAAGCUAUACUAUAUGAUCAAACUGCAGUAUCUGAGUUGAUAGAUUAGUUUAUUUUUGGCCUUGUUCUGAAUAUCCUGCCCAAUUACCUAUACAAAUAUCAAUAAAUCACAAAGGCAUCUGUAAAUUCCCAAAAUAGCCCCUGCCACACUUCCAGCUAUAUUCACAAUAAAAUGUAACUUUUACUAUGGCAUGGUGUGAGCAUAUUAAUAUUUGUAAAGAGGAAGUGGAAUUACUGAGUGGUCCUAAGUGGACCUUUCAUCUGCAGAUAAGAGGAUAUCACUUCUAAUAGGGAUUACAAGGUAUAUAUUGUGCCAGCUGAAUUGCUACUAUGUAAAUAGAUAAAUAGAUACUUUGAUCUUACAUUCUUUUUAAGCAUAGUAUAAAUAUGUAGCAAGCGGUUUAUAUCCAAAGCAUAAUUUACCAUACUGUGGCACUUUGAUCACACACAGAGUGACGAAGCAUUCGUACCUAACUUACCUACUUUGCAUGUCGUUUUUUUUUUUGUUUGUUUUUUUUAAAAAUACGUUGAUGUUUUGUUUUGUUUUUUAACACAAUGUUCAAACUAAAUAUUCUGCUUUGUAACUGCACUCGUGUAGUUUUAGCAUGACUGUAAAGCCGUGCUAAAUGGUUAUUCUCUGGGCCAGGAACUUGCGAAUUUAAGGUCUACCGAGAAAAUUUUUACAUGUUCUCACACCAUUCUUACUUAAUUUGAAAUUUACUGCUCAAUCCAAGGUUUACAGAGUACUAGCGUUUAGCUCAUUUCACUUCUCAAUUUUUUUACACACAAUUUUGAAGAUCUUAUGGAAUAAUGUUUCAUGUUUUUAAAGAUUUUAGAUUUAUCAAGGGACAGGGACGUUCCAGUUACUGUUCGUUGUUAAAUCACUUGUUUGAGUGCUAAUCAGUGGUGGGUGGGUGAGUUGUGGGUCACAGAAUAUUGAAAUCUGUGUGUUAUGAAACGAGCCAUAGAAUUUGUUGAGUGAAAUUCGUACAUGCCUUGUUUAAUGAGAAGAUAAGUGGGUGUUCAAGAUUUGCUGAAAAAAUCCUGUCUUUACUAACAAGUGUUCUCACAUUUAUGUUUGCAUAUUUAUAACCUCAUAAAUCAUAACCUCAAGAUCUUAAAUGCCAGUGAACAGAGCUCUCAAGAUCUGUUAAAAUAUGUCCUGAAACUUUAUAGUGCAACUAAACUUGUUGACACUUUAUAAUAAAUCAUAAUGGCAAAAAUUUAAACAAAACAUACAUUAUUGGAGUGAUUCGUAACCUUUUUUUUGACAGGGACAUGAAUAAUUGGUGGCAGAACUAAUGCCAUGUAUAUUAUUUAAUUGUAAAAUUGUCUCAUUCAUCAUUUGUUAUAUAAUAUAUAUAAAUAAAUAAAUAAAUCCUCAGAAAUAAUCCCUUCAUUAGAUUGUUCAGUGUCAGUGGGGUCCUAUUGAAUUUAGGAAGGUAGUGAUGUUGUAGUAAUAAAUCUCGUAAAUGCAGUUGCCUGGAGCCUGUACAAAUUAUUUGCAUGUUCCAAAUAUUGAGAUUAAGUGAAAUAGGAUGGGGGCUCAAGUUGGGGUUUAAGAACAGCUGUAUUAUAAUGUAUUUGUGCAAUGAUAAACCCCAUGGGGUAUUUAUAAGAAUGUUUUAUUUAACAGCUGUUUUUUCUCAUUUGUGACUAACUACUACAAUAUGGACCAUUCGGUGCAAUAUCUUCUUGGCUGAUUUUCUAUAAUUGCAAAUAAUUGCUGCACUACUCCCAAGUGACACACAGUGACACAAAUUAGCAAUAGAUACCAGAAAGUUGGAGUGCGCUAGAAACUGCAAUGGGAUCACAUAUUAUAUCUGAUGCAUAAGAGUAUCCUGUCUUGCUAUAUUGUGGGUUUAUCCCUCUCCAUUGGAGCAAUUCAAACCCAGAGCCAGGGGUGAUAAGGCUCUGGUCCAUGUGAGUUGAUCCCAAGACAUACUUUUAAUUUUGUAUACUCUGUAUGUACAGAUAGUCUGCACUAUAUACUGUGUAUACUUUUUCAGAGUACUCAGAGAAGACCCUGAUUCCAUUGCAGUUUCUAGCGCACUCCAACUUUCUGGUAUCUAUUGCUAAUUUGUGUCACUGUGUGUCACUUGGGAGUAGUGCAGCAGCACUGCAGAUAUUCUUAAGCGCUUUGCCUCUCUCUGGUUUAAAACUUCAACCAGCUUAGAGAAUCAUGUACUUCAUACAGUGUAUACGUCUUCCCGCAUCUAGAUUAUAAUGGCAUUUUAGUUUGCAAUGCUCUCUGUACUAAUGGCAAACUUAAAUUAUGUUUAAUAUUACAAUUAGACUGUGUAGAGGUUCCUCUGCUAAGCCGCGUUCUCAUAGCCUGGUACACAUACACAGCAUUGGGCCAAGAAAGCACUUUUGAGUGGACAUGCACGGGAAGGCAAACAUAGCCACAGUCAGAUGUAGAGAUCUGCUCAGUACAGGCGUAGGCAACCUUCGGCACACCAGGUGGUUUAGACUACAUCUCCCAUGAUGCUUUGCCAGCAUUAUGGCUGUAAUAGCAAUGUGGGAGAUAUAGUGCAAAACAUCUGGUGUGCCAAACGUUGCUUACCUCUGCGUAAUACAUACCUGUCCUUUCUUGUCAUUCUGGCCUCUUGUCUCCCUGCAGCUCCACUCACUGUCCAAUGUUGUAUGGCCGAGCUGUGCCGUUUUUAAUGCCUGAAGUGUCCCUUUAAGUCUGUAUCAUGUUUUCAUCUGAAGUUAUGCAUUUUGUGUUUAGAUUUCUUAGUCAUACAUUUAUGGCCCUCACUAAAAGCUAGUCUUCCAUUUGAGCCCAUUCGUUUUUGUACUUUAUCUGAUUUUAAUUAUUAUAACAUUAUUAUUAACUCUGUAUCAAUGUAGUUUGUUUGCUUUAAAUUUCUGUAUUGAAGGAUAGCAAACACCACUAGUAAUGGGCGGGGAAGGGGGGAUAGGAUAUAAUAUCCUUUCUGGCACGAUCCAGGUCUUGACUCAUUUAUAUUCCUUUUGUACGUUCAAUGUACCAGUCAGGUUGCUUUUUUUAAUUGCAUUUAUAGUGGAAAUUACAGUCUGCGUGAGUGCACUUUCUCAUUAUUAAACCGUUUCCUGUUGUGCUAUUUAUAGGGGCAAGGGGGAAUCCAAGGUAAAGCUGAAACGGUCUCAGAGUUUUGGUGUUGCCAGCGCCAGCAGCAUUAAACAGAUCCUAUUGGAAUGGUGUCGCUCAAAAACGAUUGGCUACAAGGUAAUACUGUUUAGGAAUGUGUUUCCUUCCCUGUAAUAAUGCUAUUUUAUUUACGUCUGUGCGUGCCACUCUGCAGAUGUCUUCUAGAGACCUUUCUUAUAAACUCUAGGUGUAAAUUCAAAGUAUUGAAAGUAUAAUAGUCCUAUAUUAGACUAGUCCUUUUAAAAUGUAGUCUGACUGAUGUGUUUCUCAGUAUUUCCUGAAAAGUUUAUACUGUAUAGUUAUUUUGUUUUUUCGUAGGGGAAAUUUUUUCAUUUAUGUUAUGGGCUUACAGAUAUAUAAAAAAAAAAUUAAGUAUGAAAACAUAAUAAAAGAAACCCAACACAUCAUGUAAUUUUCAUUGACGUGACGUUUGUUUGACAUGUUCAGAUUUAUUCACUAAACUCCACAUUUUAGCAAAUUAAAUCUAAAUGGAAAGAUUUAUUCAAACACAGGUUUGGAGAAACGCUCCACUUCAACUUUAGUCAUAGUUUGUCUUUUUUUUUGCCUAAAUAUAGUUCUAUUUAAUUUGUUAAAAACUGAAGUUUAUUGAAUAAGUCUAUCUCUUUGUUUAUGAUGGAACAAAGUUUUUUUUGAAAGAUCCCAAAGAAAACCAGUGGGCUCUUUUUUUUUUUUUACAAAAAUAAAGUUUAAAUGUUUCUGCUUAUCUCUAGCUGUUAAGUAAAAUGUUUAAUGUAAUUUAAGCAACAUUUUUUUUUUAUCAUACCAAAUCACUGAUUAUUUUAAAUCAAAUUUCACUAAAAUCAUUAAACUCAAAUCCUUCCCAGAUAUCUUGUUAUAUAUUUUUAAUACAAUAUGUAACAAAUAUAUAAAGCAAAAUAACUAAUAUUAAAAUAUGAUCAUUUUAAAAACAUAAAGGGCAUUAUUUUUUUGUGUGCAUAAUAACUGUUCUGAAACCGCUCUCCGUACUUUAUCUUUGUUUAUGAGAUUUUCAGGGAAAUUAAGGAAGGAAACAGUGUGUUUAUGGGAAUAGCGAGAGAAUAACAAGCAUAGUUACGAACGCACAGCCACUUGUGAAUGUAAUACAUAAACAUGUGCAUAACUACGCACGUCACAUUGUAUAUCUGCACACAGUUUGGCUUUCUGGAGCAUGGCUUUAGGAGGGUAAAAACAGACAUUUUCCAGGACUGAGAGAGUGCAGAGACAUUAGGGCUAUUUGAGGCUGCAUAUCUAAAAAUGCCAUCUUGUUCUCAGAGCUGUCCAGAAGUGUCAUCGCCAAUACAUUGUGUGUAGAACUGACACAAGGAAGCCUUUGUUCUGCUCUGUGUGCAACACAAGAUGCAGUGAAGUCGAUAUCAUUUUGUUCUAAUUUUAAAUCUAAAAUAAGCCGAGGAUUUUUUGUUAACCCCAUCUUUCUGUUACUGAAGCCUAGGGCUGUGUAAAAAUGUCCUCUGUAUAUUCUUGUACAAAACGAAAAGCAAUGUUACGAAAAGACACUUUGGAACUUUCUGCACAACCAGUCCUAACUAAUAUUCUGAGACCGCCGGACAAUGGGCUUCAAUAUUGUUGUAAAAUCUGGAAACUUUUAUGUCUAAGCCACUUGAUACAUUUCUUUUUUGAACUACUUGAUAGUUGCCUGAUCACAUGACAAAUGUAGUCGACAACAGCAACCGUUCAGUCAGCGACACUAAUAUUUCAGUUUAGAUUUUACUUAGCUAGAAUUAAGUUUAGUGAUUAUAUCCGAUUAUUUGACUUUCUCUUCUAGCAUGCAAAUUGCGUAGACAUAUUUUUUUCAAUCAACCAAAUUGCUGAAAUAACAUAAAUUUUUAAAUCGCCAUGUGGGAAUAUUAUUUUAAGCCCACUGAAUUAUUAUUAUUUUUUAAGGUUUACGCCAACAGUCUUAAUGGGGGGGGAGGGCAUAUUUCCGCAUAAUAUUGGCAAAAGUAAACAUUUUUACUUACCUGGAAUCCAGAGCCAGAAGAAGCUUGCGUCAUUAACUUCCAUGCCUCUGUCUAUUGUCACAAGAGCCCCACAGGCUCAUAAAUAAGCCUGUGAUUGGACCAUUUUGCUGGCUCAACUGCAAUUAGCAGGGGGAGUUGGGAGUGAGGGGAAAACAAUAUUCCACUUGCUGGCGCUCUUUCUGCAAGGCGGAAGAUUAACACAUCUGUCGCCAGUGUGCUUUGCAUACUGACGUCAGAUAUAAAAUAUGCACAGAAUUGACACUAGGCUGCCCAGCACACAAUUAAAAUUAAUUCCUGUAUGUGCAGCGUUUCAAGCAGAAACGCUGCACAUACUUACUGCUAUGACCACUAUAGUGAAUUGAAUCACUUCAUAUAACUUCAAGUCACUAAACUGGUCAUGGUGGAUGGAGUAACCAUUUAAAGGGUUCCUCAAACCAAUUUUCAUUGUUAGUAAUGAAAAAUGCAAUUGUUCUAAUUGUCCCACCUUGAAAAAGGCUUUAAAGAGCAUUUUAAACUAAAGUGUAAAGGGAUACUGUAGUGCCAGGAAUUCAAAGCUGUAUUCCUGGCACUACCGAUCCCUCUGCCUCCCCCCCCUCCAUCCACGCAUUAGACCUCCCCAUAGGAAAACAUUAAAUCAAAAGUCCAUUACAAUCCUGGAAGCGCCCGCAGUGGCUGUCUGGUAGACAGCCACUGAGGGCAGACUUAGUGCUGCAAUGUAAAAAUUGCAGUUCUCUGGAAAUGCAAUGUUUAACAUUGCAGCACUAAGUGCAAAAGGGACACAGCACCCAGAACACUUCAAUGAGCUGAAGUGGUCUGGGUGCCCACAGUGUCCCUUUAACUUUCCUUAAUCCACUGCCGGGCAAAGCUCCCCAGCGCUAUUUGACGCAUCCCUGUCUGACAUCUUAAGAGCCUUGUCAAGGUCCAAUCAAAGGCUUCUCAUAGAGAAGGCACAGCAUUCCAGGCUGCCUAAAACGUGUGUCCUGGAUGUGCAGUGUUUUAAGCUGAAACACUGCACAUCUAUACUCAUAUCACCAUAACCACUACAGAAAACAGAAGUUGUUAUGAUGGUUGGAGUAACCCUCUAAUAACAGUUGAAACAAUGCAUAGCUUUCAUGCAAAACCUAUUGGUAACGCUACUCUGUUAAAAGCAUCAUGUCUAUUUUCUACUUACUGAGACAAUCUCACUCCCAAACUCACUUUGUUUUAAUGAAGUUAUUUUAGGUCUAGGUGCUGUCCCUGCAGCCGUGCAACGGAAAACUGUUUACAUUUUGUGAUUGCAUUGCCUGUUGGUGGCUGUCAGACAGACACCUGGGGCUUCUGACACAAAAAGAUUAAAUAAUCGAAUCUGUUUGAUAUCAGGUGUCAGCAUACAAAGUAUGCUGACGCCGGAUGCUAUGAACAGACAAUGCUCCAAAUAGAAGAUGGGUGGAUAACAUUAUUUGCUGCACAUGCAUCUCUGAGAAGCAUCUGAUUGGACACAGAUCAUGAAUGUUCAUGAUCUCCCCAGAAGAAGAAUGGGCUGCAGUGAGGAGAUUGUGUUGACAUGGGAAUAUUGGUAUGUUUUUUUAUGGUUUUUUUUUAAAGAUUUUUAACAAAAAGAAGGCUUAAUAUUGUAAUAAAAAAAAAGGAAACGAACACUAUAGGCACCCAGACCACUUCAGUUUAUUGGUGGAAUGUUAAUGUAAUUUUUGAGAAACUGCAAUAGUGCUAAGACUGUCUCUAGUGACUUUCUACCAGACUACCUGGAUUGUAGCAGACUCUGAGCCCCUAAACACUGGGCAUCCAGCAUGAGUGAAAUUCCCAUAGGAAAGCAUUGAUUCAAUGCUUUCCUAUAUGAAAAGGUCUAAUGCAUUUGCUGCGCUUGACGCGCAUUAUUAGGUCCCCCAUGAGAUGACGUUGGAGGAGGCAUAGUGACGACCCAUUGCCGAGGAAGAUUGGCGCCGGAAUCAGGUGAGUAAGUAAAGGGUUUUUAACCCUUUAUGUGCCACAGGUGCAGGGGAGCUGAGGGAGUGGAGGUACAGAAGGCACUAUAGUGUUAGUAAUACUAUAGAAACACUAUAGAUUCCCUUUAAACACUGUAUUGGGACACACUACAUGCAUGUGUUUCAGUCAGAUUCAUUGCCACAGGUGUCUAAAAUCAAGCGCCUUGCCAUGCAGUCUGCAUUUACAAACAUUUGUGAAAAAAAUGGGUCAUUCUGAAGAGCUGAGUUUGAUGUUGAAGAACUUGACUGGCCCACACAGAGCCAUGACCUUAACCCCAUCGAACACCUUUGGGAUGAACAAACGGAGAUUGUGAGUGAGGCCUUCUUGUCCAACAUCAGUGCCUGACACUCCAAAAUCUUGUGGAAAGUCUUCCCAGAGGACUGGAAGCUGUUAUAGCUGCAAAGAGGGAACUAACUACAUGUUAAUGUCUAUUUAGAAUGUGAUGUCCUAAAAGUCCCUGUUGGUGUUAUGGUCAGGUGUCCCAAUACGUUUGUCCAUAUAGUGUAUAUUUUAAUUAGAAUGUUUAUUUAAAAUGAAUCUGCCUCAUCCUGCCCAUCACUAAACUCCACCACCACUCUUGUUUGUGGGUAAAUAAGCAGGGCAAAUCUAAAAGCAACCAUAAUAGUGAGAAGAACCUAGGGUGGAGCCAUUUAUCCAGAGAAACAGGGACACGUUUUACCUAGAAACAGAACUGGGAACCUAAAAUAAAGCAUAAUUUAGUUGCUCAGGAGUGGAUGAGCAUAUCACAGUACCACAUUCCAAAAGUCAUAUCUAAGCUCCUUGUUCUGAAAUUUGAAAUUAUACUGACCUACUGACCAAUGCAUCUAAUGCAUUUAAAUCUUUUAAAUUAUGAGUUUAGUAAAUCAUAUAUUGGAGGGAAAAGUCUGUGUUUAUAUGGUUUGCUGUGCUGCAGGCUGUUCUAAUCUAAGCCAUGUUUUUGUUGUUGUAGAACAUUGACCUCCAGAACUUCUCGUCCAGUUGGAACGAUGGAAUGGCUUUCUGUGCCUUGGUCCACUCCUUCUUCCCAGAAGCUUUUGAUUAUGAUUCAAUGGUCCCCACAAAUCACAAGCAAAAUUUUGAAACGGCAUUUUCCACAGCAGAGUAAGUUUUAGUUUUGUUUGUUUUUUUAAUUUUACAUCUAUAUGUUCUCCAAUACUGACCAAUAUACAUAAGUAAAACCAGGUGCUCUAAGUAAAUCUUAGUAUUAUUAUUAUUAUUACUGGUAUUUAUAUAGCGCCAGCAUAUUCCGUAGCGCUUUACAAUAUUAUCAAAGGGGGAGAUUUAACAAUAAAUGAGACUAUUACAAAAACUUACAGGAACAAUAGGCUGAAGAGGGCCUUUCUGAAACGAGCUUAUAGUCUAUAGGAGAUGAACAAUCUAUUUGAUGUAGUAAUAGUUAGACGCGCAAUUCGUUUCAUUCCGAAUAGCUGAAUUGCCGAAGUGGAAGAAUGAAGAAUGUUACACUGUAUACCAGUUUAAAUAAAAAGUAUACAAACAUAGCCAGGAUUCAGCUGUAAGCAUUUGCAACACUUACAACAAUCAAGUAACACACAUUCAUAUAAAAUGUAAAUUACUUCCAUUACAGUCAAUGGAUGGGGAUGAGUAAGUAGAUAACUCCCUAAUUUCCACAGUAUUAGGGAGCUAUCUACCAAAAGGCUGAAAGACCUAAAUUGGUCUUUCAGACAAAUUUACUAAUACUAAGUAAAAAUUACUUAGUAUUACUAAAUUCUGCCCCUACUCGCUAUACCGUGGGGCUGCUCAAAAAAAAAAAAAAAAAAAAACCCCACAAACAAAAAAUUAGUCCCCCCUCACGAGCCCCCACCUGUGACACGCGAGUGGGGGCUUUUAAACUGAAGGGGGGAUCUAUUGUCCCCCACCCCUGAGCAGCGGAUGGGGGUCCUAAAGUAAAAUAAGGGGGGGACACCUGUUGUCCUCCCCCCCGGCCCCCACCCUUGAGUGGUGUGUGUGGGGGACCUAAAGUAAAAUAAGGGGAACACCUAUUGUCCUCCCCACCCCAGAGCGGUGGGUGGAGGCCAUAAAACACUUCGGGGGGGACACCUUGAAGUAAAAUAAGGGGGGGCCUAUUGUCCUCCCCUUGGCCCCCACCCCAGAGCGGUGGGUGGGGGCCCUAAAGUAAAUUGUAAAAGAGGGGGGACCUAUUGUCCCCCUCCCCUGAGUGGUGGGUGGGGGCCCUAAAAUACUUCAAAGGGGGGAGGGACCUAUUGUCCUUCCCCCCCCCCUACCCCUGAGCGGCAGGUGGGGACCCUAAAUAAAAAUGGAAAAAUCGUACCCCCCCCAGGUGACUAGGGGUCCCCAAUCCCCUAGUCACCCCCUCCCCCCAAAAAAUUUAAAUCCCUACCUACCCCUCACCCUAAAAAUCGUGAGGGGGGAACACUAACUAAGUACCUGUAAAAAAAUGUGAUGUCUUCUUUUUUUCUAAAAUCUUCUUUUUUCAGCCCUAGAAAAGGCCAAAUAAAAAACCAUAAUAUCCGUCACACUUGAAAAAAACUAAACAAAAACAAAAAAAGCCAUCCACUCAGAGUGCUCUAACCGGUAAAGGAAGAGACUGACAGGUAAGUCUCUACAUUUACCUGUCACAGCACUCUGAUUGGUUAGCUUGAAAUCCACCAAUCAGAGUGCUCUGUGUCAUUUUACACAGCGUGGGAAAGUUCUUUGGAAUUUUCCCAAGCUGUGUAAUUUGACUCAUAACUCUCUGGUUACUUUCAAUCAACCAAUCAGAGUGUUGUUAUGGCACGGGUAGGGCUCGGGAGGGGGGCCCCAUUUGCUCACUGUUUAAUAGACAUGCCCCUACUCACAGUAUUGCGAGUAGGGGCAGAAUGUACUAAUACUAAGUAAUUUUUACUUCGUAUUAGUAAAUUUGGCUGAAAAAACAAUGUAGGUCUUUCAGCCUUUUGGUAGAUAGCUCCCUAAUACCAUGGGAAUUAGGGAGUUAUCUACUAAGCGGCUGCAAGAGAACAUCCGAAGUCCUGAAGUUUCGAAGUGUUGAACCUAAGUGCCGAAGUCCUGAAUUUUGGAAUGCCGAACCGAAUAUUUUCCCAAUGCACAUCCCUAGUAAUAGCUUAACACAGAAGACUCGCUUGAUCCAAAAAUAAAACUAAAUUGAUACUUCUAGUCCAUAUUAAAGUUAUUUUUAAGAUGUAUGUGAGUUAUACAUUACUAAAUAUACUAAUGUAGAAAUAGACAAACAUCACUAAGAACAAGGCUCAAAACUCACCAGUGUCCUAUUAAUCAUUUUUUUUUGUAUCAGUGAUUCAUGCCUGAGAGUGUUUGCUAUAAAUGAAACUUUAAAAGAUACUCUUCACUUCCCAAAUAAAAAAAAUAUAUAUAUAUCACUAUUUACUACGGUAAAUAUACUCCAAUGAAAAAUAUGCAUGCAUUUAACUAUGCAUUUUUUUUUCAUUUUGGUAUAUCUAAAAUAACUUGCAAAAGCUGUGAGUUUCUAGUCUAAAGCCUUUGCAAGCCCUCCCGUUCUAACCCCUCCCAGACUUUCUGUGGCUGUCCAAUCACAGACUUCCCAAUGCAGCUCAAUGAUAAUUCUUUGCAAGGUAGGUGUUCUGGGCAAUUACUUGCCUCGAGUAUAGCUUCACUGAGCUAACUAAACCAGGAAGUAACAGGACCAGUUGUCUAAUUGACAGCCAGAGAGCGUAACUGUGUUAAUUUAUAAAAGUGCCAAUUUCUAAUUUUUAGAAGAAGCACACACUCUUCAAAGUUUAGUGAUCUGGAGUGUCCCUUUAAAUACAUCUCUGUAGCAAUCUAUAAACUCUCUCUCUAAUGAAAGGUCUGCAUUCUGCAAAUAGAGCUGGCAGCUGGCACAUUCUUGCAGUAGAGCUGGUAAAGUGAGCAUCCAGUACUCCUCUCGCUUGGGAAGUUGGCAUCUCUGUGAAUAGUUUGAAAUAUCAAAGGACUGACUAAAACCUUUCUGGAAGAGAAAGUGAACUUUGCUUGCACCACAUACAGUGUUGUUCUAUCCUUCCUGAUUCAAUACAACAUAUAACUGUCAGAGAGGGUAGAACCACACACUCUAGAUUUUUGGGGGGUCAGUUUUAUGAUCCAAUUGAAAAUUUCAGCUCUCUGGGUUUUUUAUCUUCUAGAACAAUACCCGUUCUGUGUUUGGUUUCUCUUCAUGAUUGCUUUAAGAUUUACCAUUAAACAACUUGUUGUUUGAUGGGAUCCAGCAUUAAAAGUAUAGGUCUACUUCGUACAACAGUAGAAACUAAUAAAAAAAAAAUAAUAAUGCAAUGACAGGCCUUCAAAUUGCCAAGGAAAGAGAAAAGAAUAGUCCAUAACAAUCUUAUUUCAAUGAAACAAGAAUGGCAACAAUGCAAAUGCAUUAUCUGUGUAAGGAUUAUGGAGAUCAGAAACCAAAAUCAACUAGCCACAACACAAGAUUGGGGAAUAUUGAUAGUCAAAACAUGCACGGAAAUUACUGAUUACUUAAGGUGCACUAAAAACAGAUGUGGAGAUGUACUUGGUGAUCUCAGGGUAAUUUUGCCCUUGUUGAUAGUUGGCUGGGUAACCUGACAAACUAGAGCACACAUGUCAGGAUGUCAUGCCUACUUUACAGCUAUGCUCAACGUGCCCUUCUUCUGGGAGCAUGACUGUGGGCAAGUAUAGAAUUUGUGUCUAUACUAUCCAGCAGCAUUAGUAGGUAUGGAUUUAAUAAACAUUGUGGCUUUUUGGAGGAUUUUCCAUUGUUUCAAUAUGUCUAAAAUAAUUUGUUACCUUGUUGCCAAAACAACACACGUAAAACAAGUUUAAAGCAAAGUACUGGUGGACAUUAAACCUGCUCUAACACCGGCAUUCUGGGUACAACAGCCGAAUGCAAAAUAAGCUCUAAAUCUCUCUUCUCUUGUGGACAUUCACUCACAAUACAUGGCCAUUGUGUUUGUUUUAGAAAUUUUUUCACUGUGACUUCAUACUAUGUCAGUUACCCCCACCUCCCCUAGUCACCCCUGUGGAGAUGCCGGUCAUCUGUGUGCUAUGUGUUUACAGAGUGUGCAGUCAUAUCUAACUUCUAACCUUGUAGAAUAUUACAGCUUCAUUCUCCUCAACAAAGUGGAAUGUUGGUUAUUGAGCCAUAAUGCAUUGCAUGCUCCCUUCAGGCAAGUGUGUGUAUGAAUGCAGUGUGUGUAUGAAUGCAGUGUGUGUAUGAAUGCAGUGUGUGUAUGAAUGCAGUGUGUGUGUAUGAAUGCAGUGUGUGUGUGUGUGUGUGUGUGUGUGAGUAUAUGUGAUGCAGAGCCGUGGUGGGCAUUUUUAUUAUUUUUUUUUAUAUUAUUAUUUUAAUAUUUUUUUUAAAAUUAUUAAUAUUUUUAUGUUAUUUUUUUUUUUCAUCCCCCCUCCCUGCUUGUUAGCUGGCCAGGGAGUGGGGCUCUAAUUCCCUGGUGGUCCAGUGGUGGGCACUGUGUAGGAGGGGGGCUGGCAGGAAGCGUUUACUUACCUUUCCUGCAGCUCCUGUCAGCUCCCUUCUCUCUCCUCCGGUCCGGUCAGUUCCACUGUAAGUCUCGCGAUGUGACUGCCGUGUGAAGCGUUGCCACGGUAACCCGUGGCAACGCUCUGACCCCGCUGCUCUCGCGAGACUUGCAGUGGAGCUGACCGGACCGAAGGAGAGAGAAGGGAGCUGACAGGAGCUGCAGGAAAGGUAAGUAAACGCUUCCUGCCAGCCCCCAACAGGACCGCUGGGCUUGUAAUGAGCCCAGCGGAAAUUGUCUGUAUUAUGGCAAUGUAAGUUGCAAUAAUACAGACACUCACUCGAGUAUAAGACGAGUGGGGGUUUUUCAGCACAAAAAAUGUGCCGAAAAACUCAUCUUAUACUCGAGUAUAUACGGUAAUCAUUAAAUGUUUCAGGUGUUAUUAAAAUGUAACACAAGAAAAUAAAAAUUUCCUGACAAAUGUGGGCACUCUGAAGUCUGCAGUGGUAAAGAUUCUAAAUACCCUUUCUUUUGGUGGGUGACCAAAAAGGGGGAAAAAAGUUCCAAUAAACUGAGAAUCGUCUUGAAUUCAAACUGAAUUUAAAGUGAAUUUCAAAUGUGAGGCCAAAAUAGCUCAAUUGGAAAAAUUCGCCAAGUCAGCCAUGUUUACAGUUUCACUAUUCUGGUCUAACAUUUUAUGUUCAAUUUGAAUUCACAUUGAAUUCCUGAACAUUAUCGCCUUAGUGUAUAACCCUGGGUGUGAGACUUCACAGCUGAUCAGACUAAAAUCUUUCAUAAUGACUAUCUACCCAGCCAGGGUUUCUAUCCGUUCCAUAUUACAGCAAUUGUGUUAUUGUGGGAACAACGCAAUGGCUAUCAGCGGCAGUAUUGUGCCCUGGAGGAUAGACACGAAACUAAACAUUGUUUUGGUUUGUUUUUUUUGACCCUCUUGUAUGAGUUUAGUUGCAUUUUAAAUUAGACCUGUCACCUAAAUAUGUUUAAUUUAUGAACAUUGUUAAGUUUUCUGUCUCCGUAUUGUUUAACUAGCAUGUCAGCAUGAGUCAUCUUGUAAAGUAUUUAUUUUGCAAUCAUCUUUUUACGCCAUUGGGCUUUCUAUGUAUUGAUAAUCCCCAGCUGCUGCUUGACAAGUGUCCCACGUGUAUUGAUCAUGUUCCCUUUCCAAAGUGAUCACUUCUAAAACAAGACUAGGCAGCUGCCAUUGGUGCAAUGUGGACCAGUCCAGAGCUCACAAGAUCCAAAGACAGUCUGCGCAUUCUGAGACUCAUUUCACAUGUAGAACACAGCACUUCUAGUACAAAAGCCUGCUUACAUAGAUGUAGAAAAACAUGCAAAUAACGACAUCUUUACAAAUGUCUUCCCUAAUCAGAGUACUUCCUAUAUUGAUCCUAGCCAAGCGAUGAACAACAGGCUUUUAGUGCAGCUAAAUAUAUAUUUGUUUCCUGCUUACAUUCUCUCAACAUAUGAACGCCAAGUAGGCGUACUGACUGUUAGUGUAGUAGGCCGCAGGACCUUCAGUCAUGGAUUGGAUGAUUUAGAGUGGCAAAAAGGCGUUUAUUAACCCCUUAAGGACACAUGAUGGAAAUAUUCCAUCAUGAUUCCCUUUUAUUCCAGAAGUUCUGUCCUUAAGGGGUUAACAAAGAAGCUACCGUUACUUACAAUCUCCAUGUAGUAUUUUGUGAUUGCUAACAAACACAGACAGAGCAGUGGUCUCUUUUACUUAUUCUGUAUACUUUUAUUUUUGUACUUUUAAUCAUUUUUAUUGCUGGUUGUACAGUGCAGGACAUUAAGUUUAAAACUGCUGUCCUCUAUCUAGCCAGACAACCUCAACCCUUUUACCUUUAAAUCUCUCCCAUGUGGUGUGUAUAGGGUGGCCCAUAAGUCCCUACCCAUCCGUAUAUCUUAUGUAUCCAGUGUAUCUGUGUGCUGGAUGAGUUGGGACUUAUGGGCCACCCUGUAAGUAGCAUUCUACUGUGAUGGAAUGUAAGCUGUGGUUUCUACUUUCUACCCUAGAAGUUAUUUUCCUUCUAACAGUCUUGGCUUGAUGUCAUUGUGGGAAAGGGUCUAAUGAAGUGAAAUUAUUUUCCGGUACAUCCUGUUGUGCAGGUGUCUACAAAUUGUCAAAACCUAAAAAUUACAAUUGUCUGGCUUAAAGUAAAGUCACAACCAUGACUGUUUUUUUUAUUUUACUAUCUAGACUUGACUUGACUUGAUCAGCCAGUUCUGCUGCACUUUCUACUUUUAUUCCCAAGUAUUAGUGGAGUAGGGUAUUGAUGUUAUUCUGCAGACGUACAGUGGAAGUGAUUUAGAGCAGUGAUAAUUUUGUUCUUUGGCCGUGCCAACCAUUCCUUAAAUCCAAGCACAUGGGGAGCAGGUGAAUGCAAACUGUGGCAUUACCAUCGCUCCAUCAAGCACCAUCAGUAAUCCCCAGGGAUUUAGUAGAAGGUAGUGUCAGAAAUCCUGUGGUUAGAAAUAGAAAUGUGAAGUUCGGGUCAGAAGUGAACUCCUGUCACAGUGGUUUUAAUUAAAUACAAAGAAUGUGGCACGGGAUGAAGCAAGCCCCAAAGCACAUUGGCACGAUCACGGCAUGUCGUCUGCUUCAUGAAGGAUGGUGCUUUUUGACUAUUUUAAAAGCUUCAGCCCCACUGCCAGCCUUUUCCUCCCCCUAAAGGUCCAUCCAUCUGAUUAACCAGUGCUAAACCCAGAACCUUUUGAUAUUGUAUCAUUCUCACAUGACUGACAUUAAGUCAGGUAGAUUCAGUUUCCUUAAAUUGCUAGUGAUACUGUUAUUUAUUUUAUUUUUUAACUCUGCUUGCCUGGUAAUGCAAGAGCCCCAUUACAUAAUUUUAAAUAAUUAUUAAAGGAACACUUCGAAGGGGAGGUGGGUGCUAUUUAGUAAAUAUACCCCCAAUUUAUUUAUGCAUGAGGUCGUUGUGGGCAUAUCUAAAAAAAUACAUUCAAAAGCUGACAAUCUUCUCUCUGCAGCCUUUGCAAACCUUUUAGCAGAUUACGCCUGCCACUUCCAUUAGUUCAGUAGAGCUAAUCGAAGAGGGGGAAAGAACCUCCCCUGCCCUUUGACUGACAACUUGGCCGGUGUUUCUUAAUUGAAUUAGAAAAGUGCCAAUUUCUCUCCGGAGCCUUAAAAUACUCAAGGUUACAGAAACUCUUGAUGUGUGAAGAGUGUGUCGUCUCUUCAUUUUACAAACUGUGCAGAUUUCAAUAGAAAUUGGCACUUUUAUAAAUUAAGCUUGUUACAACCUGCUGGCUGUCAGUCAGACAAAUAGUCCUGUUACUUCCUUCAAGAGGAAGCAAUUGCCCAGAGCACCUGCCUUCCAAAGACUUCUCAUUGAGCUGCAUUGGAAUGUCUGAUUGGACAGUCACAGAAAGUCUGGGUGUGGCUUGAAGGGGAUGACUUGCAAAGGCAGUAGACACCUGUUGUAAGCUGUUUUUAUAUAUUUAUACCCCCAAUGGAAAAAUGCAUAAUUAAGUCCCUUUAAGCUGAAGUGAGGAGAGGGCCUUUCAUGUUUGAGAGAAAGAGAGUGAAAGAGAAAAAAAAUCCCAAAGAAAUACUAAAAAAUUGAGGGCAAUGUUAAAUCAGUUUCUACUCAUUUCAUUAUUGCAUGGCAUUCUAGGAACGUUACAAAAAAAUACAAUCUUCUAUUCUUGCAGUGUGGUUCUGCGUGCGUGCGUAUGUAUGUAUGCAUGGAAUGCUCUUGCUUUUUUGUAAUUAUUAUAUAAACCAUUUCAGUUCCCUCUUACAAACCAUAUUCUUUAUCCCUUGCAAUUUCAGGAAGUUUGCCCACUGUGACCGGCUCAUUGAAGUGGAAGACAUGUUAAUGAUGGGUAGAAAGCCAGAUCCCAUGUGUGUGUUCACCUAUGUGCAGUCUCUCUACAAUCACCUGCGACGCUUCGAGUGACCUUAUUCUCGACACCACCACCCCACCAAUCCCACCAUCUCUUUCUUUGCUGCAAAAGUAUACCAGGCAUGAACAAUGACCAUGGCCGCAUACCUCUUCUUCACUGAUGCUCAGGCCUGCCUCAGCUGGUUAUAACUUCUAUAUAGACAGAUAAGAUAAAAAUAUACACACGGUGCUGAUGACACUAUUUUUACAAAACCAGAAAAGAAGAGGGUGGGUGUGGGAGCUGGUUUUAUCACCUCCAGUGUUAUGUUAACAAUGUCUACAAGCUGUUUUAAGUAACACCCAGACAGCACUUUGUUUGGUUUGUGAGCUCUUGCCACACAGGGGACACGUUGGCGGGACUGAAUGAGGAUAUGGUGCGGUCAUUACUGUGCUCUUGUGACAAGGAAACAGUGAUAGAGGCUUCUGUUGCGAAAACAAGCAUGUUCACAAAGGCAUGUCCUCAUAGUGAGUUAUUCAGUAAUUGUACUUCUGUUUUUAUUUACAGUCUGGGCUAUAAGCUUAACGGCUAAGGUGGUUUAUUUUUUAAAUUACAUUUUUUUUAUUUUUUUUUAACCCCAUUGUGCCUAGAGAUAUUUAACUUGGGAAGAUCACCAGAGGCAGUUUUACGUUAAGCAAUCAUUUUGUUUUUAGGUUAUUGAGUGCUUGUUUGAAGUAGCUUGCUCUUUUUACAACUUAGUUUUAUCGUUUUAGCUUAAUAAAAUACCUCACUGAGUUGACCCUGCACAGUGCAGCCUAGAAUAUAGUAAGUCCAUCCAACCAAAAGCUCCACUUAAAGGUCAAAAAACAGGUGGGUUGACCCACUUGUGUUUAAGUAAUCAGAGAGCAGUAUGUUUUGAGUUCUUGAGUCUGAUUUGGGCACCAGUGGGAGACAACUCAGGUAGGUGGUAUGUUAUCUUAGUUAUUAGUGUCCUCUGUUGACUGUUCUAAACAAUAAACCAGGUAAUUCUUAAAAAAUACAAUAUACAUGACAGCAUUUUGAAGUGCAGGAUAUAAUUUUAUUAAUUCUCUAAAUGGGAAAAUUAAACACGCAAUUAAAUUGAGACAGUUUAGGAGAACUGGAAUAAGAGGUAACAAGGCCCUGCUGAAAUAAACACUUGUGGAUUUUAAUGGGCUCUACAUCUGUAAAAUCACAAAAUGCAUGAAAGAGACUUUAAUGAUUAUAUUCUAUGAGGUGUCACACUUGCAAACAAACAUACUGUCCACUUGUAAUAAGAAAUGUUACAAUAAAGUUACCCCAAGAUGGAGAUUCUAGAACCCAUAUAUCAAAGUAUCCUGAUCAUGUACAUUCUCCUAAACCCAUAUGUGCGUUAUUGGGCAUGUAUGAGCUGUGAAUGUGUUUAAAAGUUAAGGAAUGCAUUGACCAUUCUCUUGAUUGCUUUAUGGUGAUUUAGGGACAUCCCUGGCACAUUGCCACGUUACUGGAUCGUUUCGGAUUUGCCCUCUUGUACAUAAUUUGAAUUGACAAUUCAGUAGUGAUUAUUUAAUUGAUGAUAUCACUCUUUAUAGUUGGCCCUGAGAAAUGUCUGUAUGUUAAGAGUAUCAACAUUGUAUUUAGCCUCAAAGAGCAGGGUGCAUAAAACAGUCUAAUAUUUCACUCCAGGAGCUUCUAUAAUGAGGUUUAACGGCUAUUAUACUCAUUCUUACUCAAUGUCUUAAAUUUGCAGUUUGAGCCGGAGGAACAAGGCCCACUGCCCCUUGUAAAACUCUGUGUUCUGUGUUGGAACAAAUGUCCCUGAGAAAAGGGACACCAAGACUUAAAACUAAAAAUAGUAACAUUGAGAUAAGCAUCUGUCAGCAAGUGGUAUUGUGGGGCAUCAAAAAACCAGGCAGACGAUUGCUUGUUUCUUGGGAGUCUGACUAAUGUACUCAGGUGUCCUCUGAUUUUAAGUUGUGUAUUCUGCUCACAAAAGGUUUUUGUUUUGAGCUGAAAUUUUUUAAUUUUAUACUGAGUUUAUACUUGCUAAUUGGGAAGUUUAACCACAUUAGAAAGCCAAAAUAUAAGACGCUGAGGUCAAAACUCUGUGAUAAGCAGGUGUGCAAUUUUUAGCAAUCCAACCGCACAUACUAGUUUUCUGGCCGAACAUAAGGAGAUAUUGCAUACAGCAUCUACAGCAACAUCAAUAUCUUACCAUUCAUGCAAGAGAAAAGUGUGUGCUUUCUCCUUUCCUCCUUCAAAUGUGUUAUCUAGAAUUUAAGUAUAUGUAAAUAUUUAUAUUUAAAUUCCUUUUUAAAAACGGUGUUUUAAUAAAUUAAAAUUCCCCUCAAGUGCCAAAAAGGUAAAAGUUUUCUUCUGCCUUUUUUAAUUUAAUUUUAAAUAAUUGAUCAUUUGUACUUGAGACGAAAGCACCUAAGUGUAUGCUUUUAAAAAUGAUUUUAGCAGGAUUACCACAUCAUCCACCGGCAUCACUAUGGGGGUGCAGAUUGCACCCUGUGACACCAACAGGGCUGGUGCUAUCUUAUGGCGGCAAAGGCCUUAGGGUGACCUGGGCAACCAAGCCAGAGGGUGCUGUGUACCUUAUUGGGCUUAUGAGGGAGAUCAAAGAUCUCGCUCAACAGCCACAUGCCCCUAUUGAAUGAGUGCCCUGAGACCUUCUGGUCUGCACCUUCAUUGGUUGCAGACCUUGCGUAUUUCUUUUGCAAAAUCCGGCUAUCCCUGACCGUAUUGGAACCUUGCUGUGGUAACCUGAGGCAAAACUCUUACAUCAGAAAGCUGGAAUUUGCAACAAGAAUUUAAUUCCACCCAGUAAAGAUGGAGACCAGAAGUGCUCACCACUGGACCACAAAGGAUCUCAAACCGUCUGGUAUGGGAGGAGGUCCAUGAUUUGGUGAUGCUAUGAGACACUACACUGCAUUAAACCAAUCCUAGUGAUGCUAUUGCAUCAUCUUUACUGACUUUUAAAAAAUAGUUUAAAAAACUUGCUUUGAGCCACAUUGCAUUUUUAUUGAGUAAUUUAUAAUGCAGAUCAUCGUUCCAUCACAGAUACAAUAUUGUAAUAACAUCAGUUUUCCCUGGUAGAUUUUAUUCAAUCUUGUGAUUUGGAAGUGUACAGGUUUAGAUUAUUGUAAAGAGGGCAUGGUUGGGGAUCAUAAGGGAUUUUGUCCGUAACAAGUUGUAAGGAAGUUAUUAAACAAAAGCCUCUCCAGUAAUGCUGGAUGAUUCAUUGUUGUCUGGACAACUUAAUUUUGUAGCAUAGAGCUUGUCACCUUGUAGGUUACAGGUGCUGUUUCACUUAGAUUAAACAUUAUCUCCGUGUACAGAAUUAUCAGGCCAGUAAUCUGAAAACAAUAUUACUCCAUUUGUACAGGAGUACUCUUCCAGAUUAGAUAUCCCAAGAUAUCACCUGUUUUCCACUGCCAAGGAAAGAACUGGAUGGGACAUUCAAAGUGUCCAUCUUUAGAAAGGACAAUUCCUGUCUAUUUUUCCAAAUCCUCUGUCCAUUUAAUUGCCCCGGUGUUCCUGUUUUCUAGGAGCUCGGAAGAUUGGGUGUGUAUCAGUGUAGCUCAGAGUUCACCCACAAUAAAAUCAAUAGAUGCAAGUUAAAGGGGCACUAUAGUCACCAAAACAACUUUAGCUUAAUGAAGCAGUUUCUGUGUAUAGUUUAUACUUCUGAAGUUUCAGUAUUCAAUUCUCUGCCAUUUAGGAGUUAAAUCACCUUUGUUUCUGUUUAUGCAGCCCUAGCUACACUUCCCCUGGCUGUGACUCACACAGCUUGCAUGAAAACAAAAUGCUUUCAUUUUCAAUCAGAUGUAAUUAACUUUAAAAGUUUGUAACUCCUGAUCUGUAAGUUGAACUUUAAUCACACACAGGAGGCUCCUGCAGGGUCUAGCAAGCUAUUGACAGUGCAGGAGAUUCUAAAUUAAAUAGAAUUUGCAAUAAAGGAAGUGUAAACAUUAGCUGACUCUUUACAGGAAGUGUUUAGGUAGGCUGUGCAAGUCACAUGCAGGGAGGUGUGACUAGGGGCAGUGAUUUAACUCCUAAAUAGUGGAGAAUGGAGCAGUGAUCUUUACACCAAAUCUGCUUCAUUAAACUAACAUUGUGUUGGUGACUAUAGUGUCCCUUUAAAGUUGUGUAAAUAAAACUUAUUUUUUUUAAGUAUAAAUAUAUAAAUGACUUUCCCAAUAGUAAUAUAAAUGGUUUCCCCAGUAGGUAAUAAAGUUACAGAAAUAGUCCUUAACUAUGGCUCCCAAGACUCAUGCUAUAACGUGAACCCUCUCUUGCCAGCUACAAUGCUGGUAGUUGUAUUAAGGGCAGGAUCAAUAUUUGGUCAAAUACCUGGAGAUUAUAACUUGCCCCAUGCAUCAUUGCUCUUUGAGGAGUUAAACCAGCACACAAUAGUAAGAGGUAUGCAAUGCAUAAGAUAUUUUAACAUAUAUCUAGUAAUAUAUAUUUUACUUCAUAAGAUAUUAUCUUAUGGUUCUACCUCCAGAAGAAGGUUUUUUGUUUUUUUUAGUUAUAACUUUAACCUAUGUACUAGCUACUAUACAAAUUCUAUAGUCUUAUCUGAUGAAAGUCACAAUCCAUUUAUUUGCACGUGUGGUCAUAGGGCUGGGUGGCUUGUAACCAUUCAUUGACUUGUAAAUCUGUGUUUAUGAAGUAUGUUUUACUUUUUUUAUUUUUUUAUUUUUUUUUCCCUCAAAGUUUUGUUAUGAGUGCACUGUAUAGCCUUUAUUAUAUCCUUCAUGGAUGGAAAGAGAGUCACUGCUCACUUUCAAGGGCUCGUAGGAUAAGAAAUGUAUGUCUUGCUCACUUUUUGGCACUGCCUGAUGUUUGUUUGUUUUUUUGUCACUUUUUCUGUUUUAAUUGUUAGCGGCACCGUAGCGGGUGGUUAGGUGUGACUGUUUUCUAUCUUUACAUGGUAAUAAUAUGGCUUAUUAUGAUAAGCAUAUAAAUCUGUGCCUUACUAUAGAAAAGCAUUCAAUUGUAAGACUUUUUCCUGCAAACGUGUUCUGUAAACCAACCCCAAGAUCCACUGAUACUCCAGUCUCUGAGGAUAUACCUAUCUGCAGAUAAAUGCUGCAAACCCAAAUGAUUGAUCCAUCAAUUAUGUCCUGUGCUGAACGUUGUUCAUAGGUCCCGGGAUGGAUAUAUAUAUAUAUAUAUUACACACACACAAUUCACCAGUAGUAGAAGAAAGCCUAAUGUUAUGGCAAUGUACAGUAAAAGCACAUUAACAUUGGUUGUCACCUGGCCAGUUUUGCGAAAUGUAUUAAGCUUGUUGUGAUUUUUAACUUUUUGUAUUAUUUCUUACACUUUGGAAAAGUCUGCUGUUGACUGAGAUUUUAUGAGUUUGUGUAUCUGCUAAUAAAGCAGUGUUAAUGGUUAUUAAAAUGUACUAGGUACUUUGUGUUCUGUCUCUCUUAUUUAUAAGUAUAUAGAAUAUAAAGAUCUCUAAGUGUAACAGUCACAUGAGUUGCAUCCUAAGGAACCAAUGAAUAUAAUAAUAUCCUGCAGAAGGAAAAGGACAUAAGUGAAGUUCCUCAAUAAAAAUACCACGUAUCACCUUUCCAUAAAAAGGAAACCAGAGGUAAUGAUUGACAACGCUGGUUGUCUACUAUACAACGAACAGAUCAGCUGCUCUACAGUGCUUGGUUAUUGCCUUUUAAGGAUUGUUUAUUCCUGCUGGGUUACAUUAAGGAUGCAAUUAGGUGCUCUAUUUAUUAUGUGCCACAAGGGGCCUUACCUCCUGGAUACUGGACACUCGAUACUUUUAUCCCGACAAUUACCUGUCAAUUGUUACUUCUGGUCUCCUCUUUAUGGUAAGGUGGAACCUACCAGUUAUUACCUGGUAUUUAUAUUGAAUAAGUUCAGCUACCUUGGGCAUCAUCUCUUCAGAUGCCAAGAUUGACAAAUAGAUAGCAGACUGGCAAAGUCAAACAGAGCGUAUGGCAGACUGCAUAAGAGAGUCUGGAACAACACACAUCUAUAGAGAGGUACAUCUAAAGAUCAGUGUGUACAGAGCUGCCGUACUGACCACUUUCCUGUAUGGCUCUGAGUUGUGUUUCACCACACAAUCUAACAUCCAUUGGAAUGACUUCUUCACCAACAUCGAAGUUCUCGAACAGGCAAAGACCAACCGCAUUGAAGCAAAGCUUUUGAAGUCACAGCUGCCAAAAUCGAGUUGGUUGAUGUUUUCACUGUGUAUUGGGUCUUGUUUUAUAAAGAUGUGUGCUUUAGAGAGCCUAUUGCGAAAGAGUUUAAAGGGGAACUAUCACUUUUCUGGAAUGUACACCAGUGAAUAAAACCUCAUAAAAUAAGAAGGAGGUUCACUCAGCCUCCUUUUCCUACCUUAACCAGGAGAGCUGGCGUGGAUACUCAUGCCUUGUUUUGAGUGUGCAGCUCUUGUGAUUGCUGUGCACUGAUUACACAGUGAUCACAGCAGCUCCACAUUCUCCCAAGUGUCCCUAUUUAGAAGGGACAGAUUCCAUCUUGGCUACAAAUAACUCUUUUCUAGAAGCUGCAAUAUUAUGUCAGAGUGUAUAACAGAGCUCCACAGCAAUAAUACUCCAGUAAUGUGUCUUCAAACUACAAUAAAUGUCUUUGUGUAAAUACGAUACAUUGCUCUUGAUCUAAAUGACACUUUUUGUUUUGCAUUUUUGUUUUUCUUUUUAAAAUGGCAAAACUGAAAUUCACAAAGAAGGGUUUGCUAAUGUUAUUUUUAGGUUGUUUUCUCAUUUUUGCAGCUAAGCAACCUAUAUAAACAGACCCUAAUUAAUCUUUCACUGCAUUCAACAAUAAGCUUUCGGGUGCAUGACAUCACCUCUGAAACACGGACUUUGCUUUUUCUCCACCAGCCUGCGAGUGUGUUUAUGCUAAAUAAACAGACUAGGUAAAUUGCUUACAUAUGAAAAGUAUGACCCGAGAAAUCCCAUUUGUGUUACAUCAGCUAUUGCAACAUUUUUGUCAACAAGGUUAGACAACUAGUCAGCAGUCAAAGUGUAACUUAAAGUGCACUUGUCAUCCAGAAAAGACAAGGUAGCAAUUUGUAGAACACCAUCCAAAUUAAUACCAAAUGUGUAGAUACAAUGUUGGCUAAUACCUCUAUUAUUGCUGUACAGGUGAAAUCAAAUGUAUGAUGUGCGUAGUGAAUAUGUACACAACUAACACAACAUUUGGAAUAUUUUUUUUUUUUUUAAAUUAAAGGCAGGAUUUUUUUAUAUGACUAUUUGAUUGUAGUUUGUUGAAAGAGCAACAAUGUUCACCAUAUGUAAUGACCGCACCUGCCAUAUUAGACAAUAGGUGGUUCUUUAGCACGGGUAUAUUAGAGGUUUGGGAGACUGAUGUCCUACCAGGAAAAUGCGGAGUUCAAUUCCCAACUUGCAUAGAACCUUGUGUGGGCCUAUCACAAUGGGGACUGCUUCUGCCAUCUCAUUCUACAUCCUUUCUAGCUCCUUUUUCUCACCUGGGUAUUUGUCCACCUGAUCAGCAAACUGAAUACUUCAAUGGUGGUGGAUGUUGCAGUACACACAGACUAUUUAUUCUAUAUCAUAGAAUGAAUUACCAUUUGUUAUUGC